GCUGGCUCUCAGUAUACUCACAGCAGAGCUGGGAGGGUCCAGCCACCAUCACCUCUAUAAUGACAUGGAGGGGUUCCUGUAACAGCUAAGCAGGGGGAGCAGAGCAUCAUCAAAAGGAUUCUCAUCAACAGGACUGAUGCAGGUGUGUUCCUUAAAUCCUAAAUUUAACAGCAUCUCUCAGUGGGUACAGGGUGUUCUUCCAGGGUGGGGGAGGGAGGAAUCAGGUGCAUGCAUCCAGUAUCAGAUGGAAGACAUCUAUAUGUUUGUAUACUGGUUAAACCCUGGUCAGGUUUAGGAUGCAUGCUACAAUCCUUAUCUCUGAUACAAUCCAACCAUUGAGACAGAAAUAUAUAAACCCUGUCAGUGUGUGAUGCAUACAUUCUGUACAGACACAUAUUUACAGAGACAUUACAUACAGUAAAGGUAUAUAGUGACCCUGUGAUGACUGUAGGAGAAAUUGCAGAAUAACAUAUUUAAUAAUUAUCUGUUUCUAUAACUGCUUCUGUUAGAUGAUCAGAGAGGCAGCUCUUAUGCUAGCUGCAAUGAUGUAUACAUUACUAGAAGCUAAAUAAUCAUAAUGAUAAUUAUUGUUUUUUUUUGUUUAAAGUCUUGGGCCUUGCAAUUGCCUCCUUAUAUAAAGCAUUCCUCUGUGUUUAAAUAGGUAACGAUGAUGCAUUAGCACGGAGAUAGUGUCACACUGUGACAGUAGGCCUGGAUCCUAAUGUACAGUCCACUGUAAAUAAUGUACAUUUAUACAUAUAGUUAGGAGUAUCGAAUCACCGUCUUAUACCAAUCAAUCGCUUAAUUACUCAGACUGGAAACUGAUUGUAAUUUACUGGUUGGAAAAAAAAUAUUUUCCAUUUUCAUAGGGUAGAACUAAGAUUAGUCAUUGCUUUAUCAAUGUGCAUAGGUAGUAGUUAUUGUAAAUGUAUACACUUCACUAGGCCAUUGGAACGAGGAACUGAUAGUCAAAGGAGAAUAAACAGGACAAAUUGUUCAGAAUGUUCUAUUAACCUAUGCAGGGCAUUUGGAAGCAGUUGGACAUCUUAAUAUAAAUUCUAAAUAAGAUCUUGAGAGAAGUUGCCUUGUUUUCAUGCAUUUGAUUCAUCCAUAAAAAUUUUUUUUUAAUUAUUAGAUAUUUUAAUUAAAAUGUAUUUUUAUUUCCCCCCCUGAAAUUAAAGGCACCUGAAGGGGGUUUCCCCUGAUUCCUCCAUCUGUAUUAUUACCCCACUCUUGUUUGAGGGUCGUUUCCCAGCCGCCAAGAUGAUGGAGAUACAAAUUGACGAUGGGGUGGUGUACCAAGAUGACUAUUGCUCUGGGUCAGUUAUGUCGGAGCGGGUGUCUGGACUGGCUAACAGCAUCUACCGUGAGUUUGAGCGUCUGAUACGAUGUUACGACGAGGAGGUGGUAAAGGAACUCAUGCCAUUGGUGGUCAAUGUUCUGGAAAACCUUGACGCAGUCUUGACAGAGAACCAGGAGCAUGAAGUGGAGCUUGAGCUUCUGAAGGAGGACAACGAGCAGUUGCUGACCCAGUACGAGCGGGAAAAAGCCCUUCGGAAACAAGCAGAGGAGGUAGGUACCUUCUUAAUCAACAAAUGAGGCGUGUGUAAAAAUAGGUAUUAAUGUAAUUUCAAUGAAAAACAUAUCACUUCUUAAUCAGUUUGUCCUAUUGUUGAUGAGUGCUACGGAAUCUGUUGUCGCUAUAUAAAUGGCAAUAAUAACAAUAAUGGUGUCUACAUGAAAACAUUUUCAUUUUAUAUUGACCCAAAUUUUAUAAUCCAUUUAAGAUUACACUAUUUUAGGCCACAUUCUUCCUUGGUUCGCUAGUAUCUCAGAAACUAAUGGCUUCACAAUGAUACUGUAUGAAACUGGUGCUUGAAGACCAUUCAGGUCUAGACUUUAAGGUUUCUUUUUUCUUUUUUUUUAAACGAAUGGACUUUUGAAUAACAUGAAUGCAUGGAACGGGACUUUUUUUCCCUUAUUAGGGCCCAGGUUGUUGAGUUUUGCUAAGAUGAGGAUUCAGUUGCAAACUAAAAAAUUGGCUUCUUUGGAGCUGUGUGUUAUGAACACUUCCUGUAGUGGGAAUUUAAAUGGAUAAACAGGGAUUUUGUUGGUUCUUGUUCAAGGCUAUAUGCACAGAUUGUCAAGUGUUUCAUUCCAUUCAUGUUGAAAGUAAUUAUUGAAACAUAGGGUGCAUGCCAAACAUCAUACAUUACUGAUGUUGAAAGAACUUCUAAUGUCCAUUUGAUAAUGUUUGCUUUAUAGUAUCUUUCAGCUGAAGUCCUGGUGUACACUAGUGAGCCAGACUUACUGAAUGACUUUGCUAUAAGUUAUAUUGUUAAAGAUUAACAUUCACUUUUAAUGAUGCCCAACAUAGGUAAAACCAACGAAGGACACUCUUAACUUGAGUUCAAUAAUCAAGUCUGUUUCUCCAGGCUUCCCCAAACUUAACUUGUGAACCUAAUUGUCAGAAAAAGACCAUCAAUGGGCAAUGUACUUCUCCCAACUCUGGGAAACUCUGUACACUUCCACAUGUAUGGUGUCAUGUCCAUCAUCAGAGUGCCUCAGUUGAACUCAGCAUGUAAGGAUUGAAGGUCCAGAAGUGUAAAUACCAAAGGUCGCAGCGUAAAUUGGUCAUCAUAGUUUUAGAGAAUUUAGGAGGUUGCUUUAUGUAAACUCUAAUAUUUACUAAAUUGAAGUUGCCCACUUGAGGAGAAUUGAGCUCCCAAUGUUUUUGGUGAUUGCUGUAUAUCUAAAUCAGAGAUUAGGAUUAGAAUUCUGUGCACGAUAGGAACAUAUAAGUUUGCAUUAAAUGUUACGUUAUCUUUUUAAAUAUGAUCUUUAUAAUUAAAGGAAAACACUAGAAUUUGUAUUAAAAAAAAUAUGUUUUCAUGGUCCUUUCCAGAUAUGAUUCAGAUUUCCAGAAUCCUUCUACCACAGAUAAAGUUUACUUCCACAAUCUUGAGAUGACAUCGCAUGGUGUAGAUUUGAGUGUAAACAUUGUGUUAAAAUAGUGAUUAACCAGUGGUUUUUCAAUGUCAGGAUAGCAAUGGAAAUGUAAUUUGAUGCAACUUUGAUAAAUAGGUGAAUUGCAAAUGGACAUGACAGCUGAACAAUCUGAAAGCAAAUGUAGUAAUCGACAGAAUUGAUCCUGAGUUCCAUCCUAAUCUUGGUGUUUGUAUAUGUGAGGGGCAAUAUGUGUUCUGUGACUUUGUCAAUGAAGUCAUUACUUAAACAAAAGACAAAUAGUUUCAACACCAUUCUACUGGUUACCAGACCGUGUCUGCUUCUAAGAAAUAAAUGGCUUGUGCGAGCCAGAAGGGAUGAUGUUUGGCUUAAAGGUGAGCUGUCACUUCUUGCACAAGUCGUUGACUUGAGGUACCAACAGCCAUUUUGGAUUUUCCUCUAGUGAGAGCUACCAGUAAUUUCAUAAACUUUGAUGGCUUAUGUUUCCUGCCACUUAUUGUUUGAUGCAUAUUACAGUCUCGGUAUGUUCAAUGUAUGCUAAUACGAUUAGAUCUCACUGAGUUCACUUUAAUAUUCUCAAUCAUUUGUCACAAUACAAUUCACAUAGCAAGGAUUAUGUACUGUUGAGAAUUCAAAGUGAAUUCAUUUUGACGCCAAAAUAAUAAGUGAAGUGAAGGAAUGGACGUUGAGGCUUUUAUCCAAUUUGGCUAUUUUGGGCUAUUGUUUGAAAUUCACUUUUUAUUCACAUGAACUCCUCAUAUUUCACACUUUAAUAAAUAACCCUGUGCAAUAAUAUAUUUCCUGGCAAACAAAACUGAGAGUAAAUUGGUUCACUGGAGAUUGGUACUAACUUAUUUUACCCAUAAUUCCCCAAUUACAUAAUAUAUACAAAACAAAAACAAAACCACGCACACAGGUGACAGGCCAGCUGUUUUUCUGAGGGCCUGUUUAAAUAACUCUUUUGAUUGUCUAAGACUCUGUAAACAGAUCUUUACUCAGCGCAAAACCCACAAACGUAUAUAUCAACAGGAAGACUCGAUAUGCAGAAACACUGCCAGAUAUUUACAUAUUAUUUAUUUCCCAGUCAAUUAAUAUUUAAAUAUAUAACCCAGUGGGAAAAAACAAACAUCCAGACUUGAAAUCGCAGGAUCAAAUGGGAGAAUUCUAAACGCAUGUAAAAGGACGUGUUUGGCACAUUUCCCAACAUUUCAAAUGGACAAUGAGGGGCCCUUUAAUAUAAGGGAUAUGAGUGUGGGCCUGGCUACGGGGUGGGGCUGUUCUGGGACACUUUAGGUGACUUAUUAAUAAUUUAUGUAACUAAAAUGUCAUUUAGAACAAGAGCAAUGUGUCUUAUUUACUCAGACUGGUUUUUAAACACAUUUAUUGCAGUUUAACCCCUUAAGGACCAAACUUCUGGAAUAAAAGGGAAUCAUGACAUGUCACACAGGGGUUAAAGACACAUUACUGGGAGUAUUAUUGCUGUGGGGCUCUGUUAUACACUCACACACAUUACUGGGAGUAUUAUUGCUGUGGGGCUCUGUUAUACACUCAGACACAUUACUGGGAGUAUUAUGGCUGUGGAGCUCUGUUAAACACUCAGACACAUUACUGGGAGUAUUAUUGCUGUGGACCUCUGUUAUACACUCAGACACAUUACUGGGAGUAUUAUUACUGUGGAGCUCUGUUAUACACUCAGAUACAUUACUGGGAGUAUUAUUACUGUGGAGCUCUGUUAUACACUCAGACACAUUACUGGGAGUAUUAUUGCUGUGGAGCUCUGUUAUACACUCAGACACAUUACUGGGAGUAUUAUUGCUAUGGAGCUCUGUUAUACACUCAGACACAUUACUGGGAGUAUUAUUGCUGUGGAACUCUGUUAUACACUCAGACACAUUACUGGGAGUAUUAUGGCUGUGGAGCUCUGUUAUACACUAAAACACACCAACAAUAUGGAGCUUCUAAAAAAGAGGGAGAUAAGGGCCCAAAAUAGGGACAGUCCCUGCUAAAUAGGGACACUUGGGUGGUGUGUAUUUGUACAUUCUGAGAGCUCUACUAACAAAAUCCGGCUCCAAUCUCCACCAUCUUGCAAUAUGUCCUCCUCUUUAUGCAGUGAAAGGACUCUCCUCAGUCUUGCUAUUAUUUAUUAUGUUUGCAUUACUCUUGAAUCUCGGCCUUCCUCUCAGUAGAAGGCUGGGCCUCCGGUAAAUCUCUGACAUGGCCUGCAUACUCUAACGCAGCGUUUCCCAAUUGGUGUAGGUUCCGUGAGAACAAAAUUGGGGUUCCGCAGCGAUCUGCCCGUUGGGUGGCCCAAGCAUUAAGGGCCACCCAAUGGGUGUCACUAAACAGGGGUCCAGUCUGGCGCCGCGGUCAUCUAAGACCGCGACCGGACCCCUGUAGUAUUGGAUGCUGGGAGGAAGAGGCAGCACUUCCUCCCAGACAGAGCGUGCCGCUUGGAGGGAGAGAGGGAGCAGCGGGGACUGAGCAGCACACCAACCUCAGCCAGCAGCACUGAAGAUCCUCCUGCAGAAAAAAUGUAAGUGAACAGCAAAUUUAAACAUAUAUGUGUGUGUGUACCUGUGUCAGUGUGUGUGAAUCUGUGUGUAUAUGUGUGUAUACCUGUGUCAGUGUGUGAAUCUGUGCGUGUAGGUGUCUACGUGUGUGUGUGUGUGUGUAUACCUGUGUCAGUGUGUGUAUUGCCCAAUGUGUGUGAAUCUGUGUGUAUUUGUGUAUGUACCUGUAUCGGUGUGUGUAUCUGCCAAUGUGUGUGAAUCUGUGUGUGUUUGUGUGUGUACCUGUGUUAGUGUGUGUAUCUGCCUAUGUGUGUGAAUCUGUGUGUGUUUGUGUAUCUGUGUGUCAAGGUAUGUGUGUCAAUGUGUGUGUCAGUGUGUGUGUGUGUGUGUGUGUAUAUAUUUGCCAAUGUGUGUAUCAUUGUGCCAGUGUGUGUAUCUGUGUGCCAAGGUAUGUGUAUCUGUCAGUAUAUGUAUCUGUGUGUCAGUGUUUCUGUCAGUGUGUGUAUCUGUGUGCCAGUGUGUGUAUCUGUGUGUCAGAUACAUACACACACACAAAUUCACACUGAGACACAAAUACACACACCAGCACAUGCAAACAGAUACACACCGGCACAUACAAACAGAUAUACACAACUUGAGACACACACUGGCAGAUACAAACAGGCACACAGAUACACAUACUGACAUACAGAUACAUACACACACAGAUACACAGUGUGUGUCAAGAUGUGUGUAUCUGUGUCAAUGUGUGUAUAUGAUUGUGUAUGUGUCGGAGUGUUUCUGUUUGUUAAUGUGUAAGUAUGUAUGUGACAGUACAUGUACAGACAUCCCAGCAAUCAAACAUGAUCACAACAAACACUCCAGCAAACACAAACAUAAAAAUACUACACACAAAUGUACAUCCACAUUUAAAAUCCAACACUACAUCCAAAUAAAAUACACCUCUGCCCGCAAAUGCUAACAUUCCAUACAAUCACAUCCUUAUAUUAAAACGAUAAAAUGACAUACAAACACCAACUCUACACACAAAAACACACCUGCUCCUAAGUACAGUACUGCAAUCUGUUUAUUAGGGUGUAUGUAUAGUAAAAACACAAAUGUGCAAAUCUUGCUAAUUGAAAGGUUAACACAACGGCGCGAAAUAGCUUGUUUUUGGAGAGGGGGGAUGGUUGGUGUCACGAUGUUGAUACACUAUGUCAAAGGGUUCCACGGGAAAAAUGAAUUGGGAACCCCUGCUCUAACGUAUCAUGCCUUACAUGGAAACAUUCUGACAGCUACAGAAUAUCACUCACUUACCUCCUGGACACCUACAUUCACUAUACGUGUAGCUUUGUUCAUAUAAACUAAUGGUUUUGUAUAGGAAAUUGUAGUGUUUCCAGUUAGAUUCAUUUUAAGGAAAACCUAUUUCUGCGCCAGUGAGGUAAUUAGUGAAUAAUCAAUUCAGACACCCAAAGAAACACCAGAAAACUUAUUCUAUUUUUAAACCCAGAUUUAAAUUGAUGCAAAUACAUUUUCCGUUAAGGAAUCAAGUUUGUGCAAACCACUUGCUGAUUUUCCUUGUUUUAGAGAAUUUAUUUGCUUUAUCUACAAACCCUAGUCAAAUGAUGAUCCGUAACACUAUGUGCCCAAAUGGAUCAUGGAUCUUUUUAUAAAUAUACCUACUACUGCCACAGCACUCAGAGCAUCACCUCUGUAACUUAUGAAUUCCCAGAUUGUGUGCAGAAAUUACUUUUUCAGCCUGACAAAUUUGUGUUUUUUCCAUGGGUCUGCUAUAAUCGAAGAAAUACAUAAUCACGUGACACAAGCACAGGAUUGCUAUUGUCAUAGCAACAGAAAAGCUUCUCCCAAGUUUCUGUAUCGUGACACAGUUGACGUCCACUAAUAACCAACGCAAGUUAUCUUUGUCGAUUUACCGGUGCAGAAAAGAUUAGCUGCAAAUCAACCACACAGAAAGGAUUGUGAAGAUUGUGUGCAGUGUGCAAAAAAAGUUUGAUAAAACAACAGGCUGUAGUGGUAAUGGUGCUUGGAGUGUGCGUUUGACUUCAGUCCAGUUGCAUGUCCUUUUACCGUCAUAUGCUUUUGUAGCAAAAGGUUCCAAGCUUGGUAUGCGAGGGUCCUGAUGUACAUAUACCAGAGCUGUCCUGAUGUACAUAUACCAGAGCAUAUUGUCUGAUGGCGUCCAUUAGAUUUAUGACGCAAUUUAGAUGGGUUGAUUACAUAAUAGAUAAUUUUUAAAAAUACAAGAACUGGCAGCCAUUUGUCUAAGAAGGCCCAAAGUAGAUGUGCGAUUUUGCUUGGUUUCCUCCGGUUAAUUAUGAAUGUAUUUCUGGUUUUCAUCCAGAACAAGUAAUUCUAAUUGUAACUGAUAAUUACGAUUUUCUCUGCCUAAUGAUGGAAGUAUGUUUUUUCUAAAAGUAAACAUAAUUGAGAGACGGAGGUACUCGGUCAGUGUCGUCCCUCUGCAACAGUGGACAGUUCCUAGAUGUCUUUAUAGGAAAACGUUCAUCAUUUAUUAUGGUUAUUAUUUUAAAUAAAAGAUUCCAUGCAUUAUAGCGCUUGUUUGUAUUAUUUAACAAUCUAUAUAUAUAAAAGGGCUCAGUGAUAUGACAUCACAGGUUUCAGUGAUCUGACAUCACAGGGCUCAGCGAUAUGACAUCACAGGGCUCAGCGAUAUGACAUCACAGGAGAUCUAUGACCCUUCCAGCACUGAUCUGCCUUACCUGCUCUUACUUUUACAUACCUUAUUACAAAUCAUAUCUUGGAACUGUCUUGCUGUAAUAGAUAGGAGUUCCUGAGUGAGAGAGAUUAUGCAUCUCCCACAACCUCUAUUUAUUUACACCCUGAUAUUAAGAACAUUAUUCACAUUAUAUCACAUUUCUCAUGCUCAAUAUACAGGUAUAGGAUUAUAGUGUGUUUUAUAAACAUAGUUUAUUUUCUCCUUGGGAUUUUCAGCAGAGCAUAUGGUAGAAAUAACACACACACACACAUACAUACACACACACACACAUACACACACACACACACACACACACACACACCUCUCUCACUCGCUCUUUGACAUUUAAACCCGUAUAUCAGUCUACUUCUGAUAUGCAUUUUCCAUUUUAAAUGCAUGUCUAAGGUCUGUUUACUCUCAUUGAUUAGAUUUGUAAAGAUGUCUUUGAGUCACUAUUGAGCGUUUGAGUACAUUGCCUCCAUGACUGGUUUGCAGUGAUAAAUAAUGCAGAGACCUUGCUAAGUAGUCCUGCUAAAGUGAUGCACAUGUUUUAUGUUUUAAAACCAGCAAGCUUUGUAUAGGGCUUUUUAUAGUGACCCACUUUGUUGCAUGACAUGCAUACACCAUACCUCCCAAGUGUCCCUUUUUAGGAUGGACAGUCCCUAUUUUCUGCCUAAAUCCCUCUGUCCCCCGUUUUGUAUGAGCUCCAUGUUGAUGGUGUAUCUGAGUGUAACAGAGCUUAACAUCAAUAGUACUCCCAGUAAUAUGUCUUUAAACUACAAUAAAUGUGUUUAGAAAUCAGUAGUAUCAGAAAUAUUUUUGUUUCUCGUAUUUUAAUUAUGAAAUUUGCUAAAUAUUUAAUGUACAUUUAAAAUGAAGCAGACCAUGACAGGAAAAAAGAUGAACACAAGUGGUGAUUGUCAAUGUUUUAUUCAAUGGUAUAAUUUCUGGAGACAUGACUGUUUCCUUUUAACUAGUAAUGAUAUCAUUGUUAUUGAUAGCAACCUAUAGUCCAGCCAUCAUACAUUAACCUUAUAUCACUGAUAAAGCCAGCUGGUGCCCCCCUGCCUCAUUAAAGGACCACUAUAGUGCCAGGAAAACAUACUUGUUUUUCUGGCACUAUAGUGCCCCGAGGGUGCCCCCACCCUCAGGGUCCCCCUCCCCCCGGGCUGGAUGGAGAGGAAGGGGUUAAACUUACCUCUUUCUCCAGCACCGGGCGGGGAGCUCUCCUCCUCUUCGGCUGGAGCCGCGCACGCAUUCAGCCAGUCCAUAGAAAAGCAUGCACAAUGCUUUCCUAUGUACGCUGGCAUCUUAUCACUAUGAAAAUCACAGUGAGAAGCGCGGAAGUCCUCUAGCGGCUGAGACAGCCACUAGAGGCUGGAUUAACCCAUUUAUAAACAUAGCAGUUUCUCUUAUUCUAUAUUUUGCGAGGUGACAUCAUUGAUCUGAUUUCGAGGGAUGGACAGGGUGUAAUUGGAGAGUACCAGAGACAUGCUAGCCAACACAUGAAUACAGCUGACUCUUGUUUGCUCUGUUCACUCUCAGCGAAUCCAUUAUCUGUAACAGUGCUCCCCCAUCUUGCAGUAAUUAGGCCUUACAUAGUUACAUAGGCUGAAAAAAGACAUGCGUCCAUUAAGUUCAGCCUUUCUCACAUCUGUUUUUGCACUUCCAAAGGAAGGCAAAAAAAAACAAACAAAAAAACACUUUCAAGCGCUUUCCAAUUUUGCAAAAAACUAGGGGAAAAAUCCUGCUUGAUCCCAGAAUGGCAGUCAGAUCUCUCUGUGGAUCAAGAUGAUAUUAUCCCACGAAUUAAAAAUGAUAUCCCUGAAUAUUAUGUUUUUACAAGAAUUUGUCCAGUUGCUGUUUAAACAUCUGUGCAGACUCUGAUAAAACCACCUCUUCAGGCAGAUAGUUCUCUAUUCUUACUGUCAAAAAUCUUUCCUUUGCCUUAGACUAAAUCUCCCUGUCUAAAUGUGUGACCUUGUGUCCUACGUAUAGCACUGUUCAUGAAUAGCUUUUCAGACAAUUGGUUUGUAUUGGAACUAAAUAUACUUGUAUAAUGCUAUCAUGUCUGACCCAAGGCUCUGUUUUUCUAAACUAAAGAGGUUUAAAAUUUGUUAACAUUUCUUUAAACGAGACUGACUAAAAUGUACCAUUCCUUUUAUUAAUUUUGUAGCCCGCCUCUGCAUUUUUUCCAAUGCCAUAAAAUCCUCCUUUAGAACAGGUGCCCAGAAAGGUGUGUUGGGACUUUUAAAUUCUCACAUCCUUUUGCUGCUGUUAAAUGGUCAGUAAUCUUAUUUCAGGUGUUGGGUCAAAGGAUACAGCGCUUGGCUGCCUAGGAGUGAUAAGUAUUGUAGUGCAACAAGGAUAGAAGCACAAAGAUAGAGGUGAUAUGGAGAUAUUCACGCUGGCAUUGUGGGGAUAUGGCCACCUAUAUUGACAGAGAUAGUUUGCAUUGCACCUUGGAAUAUAUUAUUGCAGUGCAAUAAAAAGUGCAUGAUAAAUCAUUUGAUAUAAGCCUUCCCACCCCCCCAAACAUCUAAUGGAUCUAAUUAAUACCCCUAAGUAAUUGAAACUACUAUGAAGUUUUAGAUGCCCAAAACAUACAUUCCAAAUGUCCCUAUUUUCUAAGAGUUUCAUAUUCUUGUUGUGUCUGAGUGUAUAACAGAGCUCCACAGCAAUAAUACUCCCAGUAAUGUGUCUGAGUGUAUAACAGAGCUCCACAGCAAUAAUACUCCCAGUAAUGUGUCUGAGUGUACAACAGAGCUCCACAGCAAUAAUACUCCCAGUAAUGUGUCUGAGUGUACAACAGAGCUCCACAGUAAUAAUACUCCCAGUAAUGUGUCUGAGUGUAUAACAGAGCUCCACAGUAACAAUACUCCCAGUAAUGUGUCUGAGUGUAUAACAGAGCUCCACAGUAACAAUACUCCCAGUAAUGUGUCUGAGUGUAUAACAGAGCUCCACAGCAAUAAUACUCCCAGCAAUGUGUCUGAGUGUAUAACAGAGCUCCAUAACAAUAAUACUCCCAGUAAUGUGUCUGAGUGUAUAACAGAGCUCCAUAACAAUAAUACUCCCAGUAAUGUUUCUGAGUGUAUAACAGAGCUCCACAGCAAUAAUACUCCCAGUAAUGUGUCUGAGUGUAUAACAGAGCUCCACAGCAAUAAUACUCCCAGUAAUGUGUCUGAGUGUAUAACAGAGCUCCACAGCAAUAAUACUCCCAGUAAUGUGUCUGAGUGUAUAACAGAGCUCCACAGAAUAAUACUCCCAGUAAUGUGUCUGAGUGUAUAACAGAGCUCCACAGCAAUAAUACUCCCAGUAAUGUGUCUGAGUGUAUAACAGAGCUCCACAGCAAUAAUACUCCCAGUAAUGUGUCUGAGUGUAUAACAGAGCUCCACAGCAAUAAUACUCCCAGUAAUGUGUCUGAGUGUAUAACAGAGCCCCACAGCAAUAAUACUCCCAGUAAUGUGUCUGAGUGUAUAACAGAGCUCCACAGCAGUAAUACUCCCAGUAAUGUGUCUGAGUGUAUAACAGAGCUCCACAGCAAUAAUACUCCCAGUAAUGUGGCUGAGUGUAUAACAGAACCUCAAUAAUACCCCAGUAAUGUGUCUGAGUGUAUAACAGAGCUCCACAGCAAUAAUACUCCCAGUAAUGUGUCUGAGUGUAUAACAGAGCUCCACAGCAAUAAUACUCCCAGUAAUGUGUCUGAGUGUAUAACAGAGCCCCACAGCAAUAAUACUCCCAGUAAUGUGUCUGAGUGUAUAACAGAGCUCCACAGCAAUAAUACUCCCAGUAAUGUGUCUGAGUGUAUAACAGAACUCCAAAGCAAUAAUACUCCCAGUAAUGUGUCUGAGUGUAUAACAGAGCUCCACAGCAAUAAUACUCCCAGUAAUGUGUAUUUAAACUGCAAUAACUGUGUUUAGAAAUCAGUCUGUGUAAAUAAGACACAUUGUUUGUGUUCUUUAUUACAUUUUAGUUCUAUAAAUUGUUAAUAGAUAGCACUUUUUUUUUUUUAGAACAACCCCACCCCUGGCCACACCUCCACUCACACCCCUAAAAAUCAAAGUGUCCCUCUUUGUCCAUUUGAAAUGCUGGGAGGUAUGGUACUAUGAUUUCACGCGAGUCGUAGGUCUCUUUAAAUGGUAUAUUUGUUGUCUGUGUUCUAAAUGGCUAUAAUAGAGCCUAUGUCUUUAAAGUUGUGAAGUUCUUUUUUCACAGUUUUUCUAGGGUACUGCAAAGUAUGUGUCUUUAGGGAAGAUUUCCUGUUAAAUAAAUAUUCAACAUUUAAAAAAAAUAAAAAACUAUUUAGCUGUAAAAAUGUUUAUAGCAUCACACAGUGGAACGUUUUGUAAUAUCAUACAUGUCCCUGCUCUAAAUAAAAGGCCUGGGGGGAAAAGCUAUAACUCCUACUCUCUGUGUUAAUUAUUUAUACACUGGUUCAUGUUACCACACUCUGCAAUUUUAAGGCUUCCUCUGUUACUCAAGGGUUCUAGGUCUAUAUUGCAAGCAUUUUUAUAUUUUUAUUUUUUUAAUUAUUUUAUUCAAUAUCAUUACUAAAUAUAUGCUGUAACAAAAAACUUUUAAAACGUCCACCUGUAAUAUUUCGGGAGAUUUGAUUCUGCAUUGGUGAAUUUCCACUUGCUGGCCAGAAUGUCCUCAUUCACGCUGCUGACAAUGUGGGCUGUGCCUGGCUUAUUGCCAUCCUGUGCAAAAUGUCCCUUUUGAAUGAUAAUCCUGAGAGCAAAAUUGAAAGGGACACUAUAGGAAUCAAAAGAACCUGAGAUUAAUGAAGCUGCAUUGAUGUCUUGAUCCUGCUCCUGCAGUCUCACUUCUUAAAUAUCUGCCAUUUAGGAGUUAAAUCACUUUGUUUCUGGUUAUGCCGCCCUAGCCACACCUACCCUGGCUCUGACUGAUAAAGCCUGCGUGAAAAAAAUUGUUGCAUUUUAAAACAGGUUUCAUGAGGCUCCUGCAGGGUCUAGAAGGCUAUUAACAGAGCAAGAGACAAGCCAUUCUAAAUCCAAUAGAAUGUGCAAUAAAGGAAGUUUAAACAUUAGAUCUCUCUUUACAGGAAGUGUUUAGGAAGGCUGUACAAGUCACAUGCAGGGAGGUGUGACUAGGGCUCUAUAAGCAAAGUGAUUUAACUUAUAAAUGGCAGAGAAGUGAGCAGUGAGAUUGCAGGGGCAUGAUCUAUGCACCAAAAUUGUAUCAUUCCGGUAAAAAAAUUAAUUUGGUGCCAAUAGUGUCCCUUUAAGCAAAAAAAAUUUAGCUCACUACAAUUCGGUAUAUAAUGAAUGGACUCCUAAGGAUACAUGUAAGCAGGUAGGCGGCACAUGGGUUUAUUUACUAAACUUAAAUUUUUUUCCAACCUCAAUUUAAUAUACAAAUUGACUUCUGCAAAUAAAUAAUUAGAUUUUUUGUUUCUAGCAAAUGUUUAAUCAUUUUAAAUGCGUAUCUAAAAAUAUUAAAUCAAGGCCUGAGUUAUUUAAAAAAAAAAAAACAAUUAUUAGUGUGGUGUUUCUCAUUAGUAGGGCAGAGCUUUGCGGUACUGUAUUACAGUAAAUACAAUGUAUUACAUUAAGCCCUGCAAUAUAUUGGCCAGACCAGGCUAUUGACAUAAAAUCAUUUAUCGAGGGACAUUUCUCACAACUUCCACUGAGCCCCUAUUAGAUGCGAGAAAUUGAUUUUCUGACGAAUCAUUUUUCUGAAGAUAGAAAAAUUUUCGGGACACCUAGAUGUUUGUUCAGCUCAUCCAAAAAUGUGGGAAAAUGUGCCAAUAAUGUCUAUAUUUGGCAGAACACUGAUAGGAGCGCUUUCCGCCAGCUGGUUCACAGAUCAAGUGAGAUUAAGUAACCAACAGAAGGAAAAACACUAGGCGCAGUGAGGCGCAGUGAAAGAAAUCGAUAUGUUUGUGUGAUAUAUUAAUGAAAUAUAAUAUUAUUUUUAUUAUUUUAUUUAUAAAGCGCUAGAAAAUUCCAUAGCGGUGUACAAUAGGAUAUAAUAUCUAAAUCUAAACUAUUUUUCUUUUUUAAGUUUUUAUUAGUUUUCCAAAGAGUUAAAUAUAGUGGCCUUUGAGUGUCAUUACAAUAGAGCAGUCCAGGCAUUGGACAGUCAUAAUAUAUAAAUUUAGUUUACUAAUUCUGUUUCCUCUCUAUUGCUCUGUGUAUACCGUCAACAUUUAGAGACUGUCUCCCAACUAAUAAUUAUAUUAAUCAGAUUUUUUUCCCAACAAACAUUUCCUUUUUUUGGCACCACAGGCGUACCCAGAAUACCCUGCAAUCCCUCCGCCUGUCCCCCCCCCGUUGCAUGGUUCAGUUAGUGCGUAAUAUAUAUUUUUGUAUAUUUUGGCUCUGAAUUCAAACACCCAGUCACCCUAAAUUCAGCCGAGCUGCAGUUUGCAUUGUGAAACAAGUCUAGCCCCAAGUGGGUCUAAUUGAUUUUGGAAGGUGGCCCUGCAGAGAUAGCCUCAAUAAAAGAUGAGACAACAACCUAUUACUUUAGAAAAAAAUAGUUUUCUUAUUUCAACAUAAAUCCAAUAGUCAAUGUUUCAGUUCAAAUUUAGAACUUUCAUCAAGACAAUAAGUUAUGUAAGAACAUGAGGCUUAGAUGAGGGCAUGUUUUAUCUGCCAGAGCAGAGGAUUAGGCUAAAAUGGGUUAAUCUCAUUCAUUGUAGAGACCCAGAGGAAUGAUACUUGAAAUACCUUAAACAGCCUCUGUAAUAGUACGUGUUACUUGUCUAGCUAGCAUCACAAUGAUCACAAUUAUCCCUUGAAUUUCUUAUGACUUUUCUUAAGAAGGUAGUUCUGUUGAAGAAACCAGAACCUUUUUGGACAUUUCACUUUACAAAAGCCAAAUACAAACAGUGGUGUUUUUAAAUAGUCUCAUUUGCAAGCAUAUUUAUUUAUUUUCUAUUUGUUAAAUUAGCAGUGUAUCUGUAAAUUGGAAAUGACUAGCUACAUUUAGUGGUGUGCACACAUCGGACUUAAGGGCUUGCCCUUGGAUGGGUAAUAAGCCAUUAACAAAACAAAUAGAAUGCAUUCAUAACAUGUGGUCAUAUUUGAGUAUAUGAACUCCAAGAGACAGUUACCAUGAACAUAUCACAAUAUUUUGGACAUUCUAGGCACCAUAACAAUUGCAGCCUAUUGUAGUGGUUAUGGUGCCAGGGGUUCUCUGCUCUCAGCCAUUGAAUUAUGUUAGAACCUUCCCAUCUCAGAAACGGAGGCCAUACUGGAGACACCGGAGGGACCCAGGUAAGUGUCCGUUUUAUAUUAACCUCCACUGCAUUUCACUUCAGCAGCAUUUAUUGGAGUAAGACAUAUAAAGGUAACAGAUCCUCUAUAAAGAACUCUUAAUUCUGUAUUCAGUUGGAUAUAUUUUGUAAGGCUAUACUGUGGGACUUUGUGUAACACAACUUGGGGCUCUCACAGUGCAUCCCCCGUGGCAUCUGUGUGCCACCACAGGCUCAGUCUAAAGGUACCCAGUGGUAUCUCCCUAUGACCCUGAACUCCACUAGUUUUACAUUUACAGGGAAUUUUGUGAUUCUGACCGUGGCUAGUUCUAAGCUCUGGAAUCCUAACCUAGGCUUGUUUAUCUAGAUACAGUCAAUCAUUACAUCAGUGGAUGUUCCGUUAAGCCAAGCCAAUCUUAGGAUCAAUAAUACAUCUUUCUGUUCAUGCCUAUGUUUCCUGUCCUUCCUAGUACUUUCUGAACUAUAUUGCGGAAGCAACAUAUUCCUCGCGUCUGGUUACAGGAGUUAACCAUUUUCCUUGGACUAUAGAAAUGUGUAAGUCUGAAAACCUGUGCAAAUUGGAUCCUGCCUGCAGGCAUAUCAUUGUCAAUCUAGAUAUAUUUUAAGAUAACUAAUUUUGGAAUUAAAACCUGCGUUUGAGAUUCAUCACUAAACAGCCAAAUUAAUGUUUUUAUAUACUGUAUAUUAUUCUUUCAUAAUUUUUUUUUCUACUUUUCCCCAGAAAUUCAUUGAGUUUGAAGAUGCUCUGGAGCAAGACAAAAAAGAUCUCCAGAACCAAGUGGAAAGCCUUGAAUUUCAGUCACGGCAACUGGAGCUAAAGACCAAAAACUAUGCUGACCAAAGUAUGUUCCAUGAAAUGUCCAAUAGUGGUACCAUUGUGUGCAGCAUUGAAUGUGGGGCUGUUGGUUGUGGCAGUAGAGCAACAUGGAAAGUUAAUAAAGUCUAAUAGAUUAAAUCUUGACACUAUUUGGUGUUGGGUUGGGUCUUGGCAUUGUGCAUACCUGGGUUGUGGGUCUUAGCUUUAUGCAGAGCGUGGGUGUGAAUCAUGACAUUGGGAAUGUAUUGCUGCUCUUUAUGUUGUGAGGAGCUGUGUCACUUCUCUUGGCCAUGUGAGGAGCUGUCUUGCUGCUCUUGGCAUUGUGAGGAGCAGGGUUGUAAGUCUUGCCAUUGUACACAGAUGGAUGUGGGCUGGGGUGUGAGCCUUAUAUGGAGUGGAAGUACUACUCUUGGCAUUGUGUAGAGAUGGAUGUGGGUUUGGGAUUGUGAGGAGCUGGAAAGCGAGCAUUGUGAGGAGCUGUCUAGCUACUCUUGAUGUUGUGAGGAGCUGUGUCACUAUUCUUGGCCAUGUGAGGAGCUGCCUUGCUGCUCUUGGCAUUGUGAGGAGCAGGUUUGUAAGUCUUUUUCAUUGUGCACAGAUGGAUCUGGGCGGAGGUGUGAGCCUUGUGAGGAGUGGAAGUGCUGCUCUUAGCAUUGUGUAGAGAUGGAUGUGGGUCUUGGAAUUGUGAGGUGCUGGGGUGUGAGCAUUGUGAGGAACUGUUGUUUGGGUCUUGGAAUUGGGAGGGACUGGACUGUGUAUGUCAACAUUGUGAGUUGUAGUUUGGACACUGGGAGGACCUACAUUGUGAAUCUUGGAAUUUGUUGGGGAGCAUAUGGUAUCAAGUAAAGGAGAAGACCUUAAAUGUAGCAACCUGAAAUCUUCAUGUUUCCUUUUGUGUAUUAGCACCCUAAAAUUCAAUGUGCUUGUACUUUUUCUCAGUUUCGAGGUUAGAAGAACGUGAGUCAGAUAUGAAGAAAGAAUAUAACGCUUUGCAUCAGCGACAUACUGAGGUACAUCUCUAAGACGCAAUAAUAACUUGGAGGAAGACACAAGGCCAACCCUUUGUAACUGCAGCCGGUUCCCUUAUUUACCACUAUAACGUCUUAAAGCAUAGAACUUAGCACGGCUAACCACACAGAUAUCUUAGCUAAAAUAUUAUAUAGUUAGUAAGAGAUCCUCUAUCUAAAAUACAUAUAAAUAAUUGAGAAUACAAUAUAAAAUAAGGAUUGUCUUGGAAGCAAUAAAGUUUUGUCUUUUUAGAUAUUUUAUUAAAUAAAAACAUAAAUAUAGACAUAUAAAAUCCAUUACAAUAAUUUAUAGCAGAGUUUAUAAGAUUAAAGCAUAUGCUUGCAAUAUCAUUAAAAUAGAAUAACAUACCCUCCUGAACAUGUCAACAUGUCAGUCUCUCUCAGUCAUUAUAAGACAGAGCAGCAUUUCUGUCUCCAAAUCUCUCCCCUGUGUGCUAAUAUUUAAAAAGUACACAUAUUUAUAUCUUAGAUGUUCAGUUUAGGACAUCUGUUAACUUGGAAAAGAUACAAUGCCAUAACCAAAACGUAAGGGUGCACACGUCAUGGGAAAUUCCCUGACUUAGGGAAUUUCCAUUAUCCUAGGACAAAAUGGCGUAAGUCAGGAUGACACAGCAGAGCCUUGAAGAUGUUAUGCAUUACUUGUUUUUGUAUUAAGCUAAGACAAAUUGGCGUAAACAUAUUAUGCACUGAAAGUAGGUAAGAAAUUAUUGCUUAACCCCUUAGGACCAAACUUCUGGAAUAAAAGGGAAUCAUGACAUGUCACACAUGUCAUGUGUCCUUAAGGGGUUAAAGGAACAAUAAGAUUGAUUGCUUCUUUUUGAUAACACAUUGUUUUGUCUCACAGAUGAUCCAAACGUAUGUGGAACAUAUUGAAAGGUCCAAACUUCAGCAGGUGGCAGGAAACAGCCAAUCAGAUGUUGGCGUCACUGGCAGAAGGUGCAGAAUUGUUAAACUAAUCAAAAUAAUUUAAAAUUGAUUAACCUUUAAAAUGUUUAGCUGAAGUUAUCCUGCCAAUAUCAUUAAUGUUGGGAUUGAUGGAAGUGUGGCUUCAAUUUUGACAAGGAGUCGAGAGAUUUGGCAUCGAUGUGUGCAAAUAUAUUGUAAAACGGAAAUGCAUGAUAUGAGCGAUUCGAAUUCUCUUCCACCUCCAUGUAACGCUGUAACUACGCAUCCCUACUUUAAAUGAUGGGCCCACCUUGACCCCUUGCAAAUGAUUUGAGGCAUUUUUUUCCCAUGAUACUUUGCUGACCUACUGGCAUUUCACAAACAUCUGUAGUUACAACAUUAACCAUUACUGUGCUAGGAUUAAUAUACGGCUUGCAUUGCCACUAUGAGUCAUGAGUAUUUCAAAAAAUUUAGACAAGUGUAGCAACAUUUUAUAAUAAGAUAUACUUUAGGUGAACAUAUUUAGUCUUUUUCUAGCAACUCUUAACAAAUUACCAGAUUUACAAGCGUGCCUUAAUAAAGGGGGCUGAUAUGGUUGUUAAAAUAUUGAUAAAAUCUAGCUCUCCAUUAACAGAAAUAUUAAAUAUUUCAUGAUAUCCUAUUAGGUAAAGGAAAGGUUAACGGCAGAGAGGACUCUUAGACACGACCAGAGAAAAACGUAUUAGUUUUGAAAGAUAAAAAACAGUAAUCUGCCCUCCCUACACGCAAUAUGGAAGGCUCGUGCUUUUCUCUCUGGAGAGAGAGCUGAGGUGCAGAUAGAGCACCCCCUCAGCUGAGGACAUCAUAAAGUGGAAGCUUCACUUCCUCAUUAUUUGGCUAAAAUACUAAAAAACGUUAAGCAGAAUUUGGUCACGCUAUAUCCCUGUUAACCUUCUUGUCAGGCAGGUUAGGGAGUCUGUGUCCAUUGGCACUGAGAGGGCAAGCUUCCCACUGGAGGUCUACCUACAUAUAUAUAUUUAAUAUCUGUUUUCACAGUAUUUGUUUAGCGUGUGAGUUCUUCCGAAGCUAUAAGUUUGGCGUCCAUGCAUGUUGAAGAACACACCUCACGCCACUGCGCUUGCCCAUCCUUUUGCACACUUGUUGUAUGCAUGAACCAUUGCAUCUAACAGCUGUUUUUCUUGUCUUGCUUCUUGUGCUGUGACCGCUGUGUUUUUGGGUGUCUUGUCUGUGACAUGUAACUCCAGCCACCGCCAGUCCUGGAGGAAGAGGUAAAUCCCGUUUGCACUGUCAAUAAAACUAGUAGUUACCAAAGGCCUGUACUACGUAGAACUAUUCUGUUUUCUGGGACAGCUUCCAAUGAUUGACAAAGAAGCUGCCAAUUUUAGGCAGAAAGGGGAAAAUUUCUUUAGGUUAUUCAGGGACAAUGCUAGCUUUUAAAAACAUAGAUAAACCAACAAAUAAAGAGCGCCUAGUGCUAUUGACACCCACCACAAAUAGUGGUAUUAAGUAUAAAAGUCAAAUACCUAAGACGGCUAUUUUUGGUGGGUGUCUAUAGCACUAGACGCACUUUAGAUGUUGGUUUAGCUAAAUGUUCUGGGUGUGUGAGACACUUGCUAUUCAGAGCAGCAUGUGUACUUUUGAUGUUUUGCUAAUUAAUUAUUAAAGCACCAUAAAACAUUUGGGCUUGAGCCCAAAAUGGAAGUAGAAGAUCACUCUUAAAAAAUCCCCACUUUUGGCUGCUCCCCGAUGCCACCCCUAAACCCUGCAUGCUACGCCUAUUAACUUCUCAGACACUCCCCUGUCCACAGUUAUGACUCACUUCCUGUCUUUCCCCAGAUUUUUCCCCUGUCAUUUGUGGAAUUUGCUUGUUUUUACCCCAAAAUACCCCAAGUGACAUGUACGCUUGCAUGGUGUAAGCUGGGGGAGAAUAUACUUACCCAAUGCACUUAUCUAUUUGUUACCUUGACUCUAAGAUUAGACCUUGUCCUUUCUUUUCUGUUAACGUUAUUUGUUUAUCAGCAUUAUAAACAAAAAUAUGGUUGGUAACUGUUACUCAAUUAAAGGAACACUGUAUUCACUAUAACAGCUUUAUCUAGAUGAAGUUGUUUUAGUGCCUACAGUUUAUCCCCCCUCCUUAGGGAACCCAGAGCUAAGUAUUAUAGUAAUUAGAAGGCUUGGUAGUGCAGCUUCAAACCAAACCUCCAAGCCUUCUGGGUAUGAGAGCCAACAGGGGUUUCCAUAGAGAAUCAUUGCAUGAUUCUCUGUAGCAGAAUCUUAGGUGCAUCGCGGCUUCGAACCAAACCUCCAAGCCCUCUGGGUAUGAGAGCCAACAGGGCUUUCCAUAGAGAAUCAUUGCAUGAUUCUCUGUAGCAGAAUCUUAGGUGCAUCGCGGCUUCGAUCCAAACCUCCAAGCCCUCUGGGUAUGAGAGCCAACAGGGCUUUCCAUAGAGAAUCAUUGCAUGAUUCUCUGUAGCAGAAUCUUAGGUGCAUCGCGGCUUCGAACCAAACCUCCAAGCCCUCUGGGUAUGAGAGCCAACAGGGCUUUCCAUAGAGAAUCAUUGCAUGCAAUGAUUCUCUGUAGCAGAAUCUUAGGUGCAUCGCGGUCCCCAGUGCUCCUCUAUGAAGAGCAUUGGAUUGGACACUCAUCCUGGAGACAUGCUAUGAGGGGGCUGGCACUUGAGAGAAGGUGAGUAGAACAUUUAUUUUUAUUUGAUUUGGUUUUUAAAUUUGUAGGUGGUGGGGGCCUAAAAAUAAGUAGGGACAUUAAUACUGUAGCGUUAGGAAUACAGAUGUAUGUAACAAGUAUAUUCACAUACUCCACAUACAUUUUACCAUCCAGAAAACAGAGUAAAACAUGCUGGCGGUUUAUUUGCUAAUAAAAGAAUUGUGAAGAAUGGCUCAUUUUAGACCAAAUUAACCAAGCCGGAAAAAUAGCUAAAUUCACAAAUUAUUCCAGUUCAAUUAUUUUCAUUUCAAAUAAAUUGAUUUAAAAUUUGCAAUUCCUUUGCCUGUUCUUCACAUUUCCUGGUUUAGUGGUUAAACCAUAGUGUGUAAAAGCACUUUAAAAAAAAAAAAUAUUUUCUUUUUUGUUCAUUUUGAAUUUAUGUAAUUAUUUUAUAAUCUGAUUUAGCAAUUUACUAAGAGUUGAAAAUAAAUACAGGGUUGUUCAAUAAUGUGAGAAUUAAAAGUAAAUUUCACAUUUAAUGUCGAUGUGGCCAAAGUGAAAGUACAACUGAAUUAGAGAUAUUUUCUGGUCUUAGUGAAUAACCCGUAAGGGGAGAUACUCUGUCCAUAUUGGUUUUUACACCCUCGAUCCUUUCAUAAGAUCUUAUGUGUAAUAAGCAUCCAGUCCCUUGUACUGCUGUCUACUCUAAGUUUCCACUGUCUGCCUGUGUUUGCACAUCCUGGAUGUCUGACUUAGAGGUCUGCAUGAUCACUUGAUGUUAACUCCUCGAACACCCUCCUUCUCCACUAAUAAAGUGCUUAGCAGAAACAACCGUUUACCUAUUCAAAUCUCCUACCAAUUAAGCUAAAACACAUUCUAGCACCGUAACAAAGUAAAGAUAAUUGGCAUUUCAAGUUAAAGUGGAUAUUCCUAUGUCAAUAGCUGGCCUUUCCCUGGCCAGACAACAGUUAAGAGUUAUAUUUUCCAAGACCUUGUGCGUCCAGCCUCGGCGUCUAAGCUGCCAUCAUUCAAUAUUUCUUCUCUAGCAGAACUGUACAAAGAGGUCAUCCACCAAGACGUGAUGAUAGGAAAUUUCACCUACAGUAGAGGAAAUUAUUUCUUAUAGGCUUUUUUUUGUUUUUUAAAUCAAAUUUGAAGAUGCUUGCAGAAGGUCUGGUUACUCUUUUUUUUUUUUUUUUUUUUUGCAAAACAUGGUGUUUAGGUCUAUAUUAGAUAAUAUGUGCAUUAUAAAAAAAAUGUUCAAAUCUUAUUGCCCAUAUAGGUUAUAAAAAAUAUUUUUCCUUCCUUAUUAUGAUAAAAUUGAAGUCAUUUGAAGUGCUCAAAAGUAUGAUUCCCAUCAACAUAAUAUCUGCCAAGGUUGUCCCUAAAUGGGCCAGAAUUGACAUCAUGUCAUUAUUAUCAUGCGUUGCCAGUCUUUUUCUGCCUUAGGAUGAUGAGGUUUAUAUUGCAAUGACCGCUUGAAUAAGAGUUGUAAUGUUGGCCAUCUGCUUUGCUGGAUUCCUAUCACUGAUAUACCUCUUUUCAACUUUUUUUAUUUUGCAGCCGAAAGGAACGCCCGACCUCACUAAACGUCUUUCCACUGGCUGACGGAAUGGUACGUGGGCAGAUGGGUGGAAAAAUCACCCCAAGCUCGGACCACUGGCACCUGAGUGACCUCAGCCAGCUAAAGUCCAGCUUCAGCUACAAGGUUGGCUCUGACAGUCAUGGGAGCAGAGUUCCCUCCACGUGUCUCCAUCAACCAGAUCCAUCUCACUCGUGUCAUAUCAUUACAAAGUUACUGAGUAACAAUACUCUUUAACAUCCAAACUCUUUCUAUACACAUUACAGAGUAAUAAUGCUCUUUAAAGGGACGUGCCACUGCCCAAAUACAUUUUUUUUUUAAAACAAGAAAACAACAACACUGUUUAGUAGAUAUAUAAACAAUGAAAACAUGCAUGCAUUUAAUUAUAUAUUUUUUCAUUGGGGAUAUAUAUAAUAGCUUGCAAAAACUUCAGAUCUCUUUUCUGCAGACUUUGUAAGCCCUCCCCUUCUAACCCCGCCCAGACUUUCUGUGGCUGCCCAAUCACAGACUUCCCAAUGCAGCUCAAUGAGAAGCCUCAGGUGCUCUGGGCAAUCGCUGCCAGUUGUAUGAUUGCCAGCCAGUGGGUUUAACAAGGUUAAUUUAUAAAAGUGCCAAUUUCUAUCAAAAUAUACACUUUUUGUAAAAUGAAAAAAGAGGACACACGCUUCACACAUAAAGCAGUUCAGCAAGCUAAAGUGCUUUGGUUGUUUCUAUACACAUUACAGAGUAACGAUGUUACUUAUUAUCCAAUGUUUUUGCCACACGUUACAGAGCAACAGUGUUUGUUAACGCUCCUUUACAUUCAAACCCUUUGUAUACUCGUAAUAUUACAGAGCAACAGCGGUACUUGACAUUAAAAGUUUUCUUUAUACAUUGCAGAGUAACAAUGCUCCAUGAUGACAUGAACCUGUUCUGUACAAACUAUAGACCACGAUGCUGCCUGAUUCACCUAAACCUGACAAGAGAUUAACCAUUUUGUCAUUCUUUCACUAGACAUUCAUUAAAACCAAAUUGGGAUAGGCACACCCUCCCCAUUGUACAUAAUAUUAUUUACCGAGAUUCCUCCUCUAAAAAGCCAUUUCGAAACAAUUCCAACUACAUUCCACUCACCGCAUUUGUUCAGUGUCUCUCAAAUGGCAGCUAGUUUAUAAUAUAAAAUGGACGGGAUAUUUAAGCAUAGAAGUAUGCUUAGUUUUGGUUAAUCUUUGGGCAGGUAACUUGUCCUCUGCAUCAGGUGAGUGUGAAUUCAAUACACAUUUUAUGGCAAAAUGUACAUAGUAUUAAAAAAUGAGAAAAUACUUAUUUUUGUCAGUAAAGAAUAGAGUAUAAAUCACUGUCUUGGUGUUGUAUUAGCAGUCGGCAACUGCAAAAUAUUUUUUAACAACAUAUUUACACUUACAUUAACCUUCUCUGGUUUUUAGAACACGAUCUCCCACCACGCACAUAGCCCUUCCUUCCUGAUGAAUUCAUAUUCCAUGGCAGAGACUGAAAUAUGUUGUGGGGGGAAAAAUUCAGCGCCAGAUGUAUAGAACAGGUGUUUUUAAAGAGAAAUACAAGCCCUUUAAUUUUGAAUUAAUUCGUGACCCCAAAGUAAUUGUCAAAUUUGUUCUUCUCAUGUGAAACUCUAAAAGGAGCAGGUGAUCACUGAAACAGUUAGAAGAAGACUUCUAAAUGUUCCGUACAAACUGUAUGAAGGACUUUAUAAGCAUACUUGGGGAGCUACCAGCUUAUUAUUUUUGGGAAAGAGGGCAAUAAUAUACAUAGGGCAAAUACAUACGUGGAGAUCUGUUCCUUUACCUAAAAUAAAAAGUUCAGCUCUUAAUAAAAAGUCCAGCUCUUAAUAAAAAGUUCAGCUCUUAAUGGGGAAAGUGGUGAUAAUUGGUGAAGCUACCCAGAAAAGAUUUCUGGUAGAAGUAGGUUGGGGUACAGUCGGAAACAAGAGAAGGAGAAGAUUGACAAUGAGCUGCAAUACUUUAAGGUCCCAUAUUAUGUCUGGCAAGACCCCUAUCAUGUUUUUAAGAAAUUUUGACUGAUGUCACCUCUAGAAUGAUCACCUAAGUAGCACCACAGUUAUCUUCCAGACAUCCCAUGGCUUACACUCUAAUUCUUAUCUGUCUGGUACAGGUAAGAUCUAGAAUUGAGAUCUAGUUUACAUACUUGAAGGUCUUUUUUAUAUCACAUCAAGAGACUUAGUUUAAGACAACGGUUUUCUAAUCUCGUGCUAGCAGGAUGAAAUGUCAGAGUCUGGUCAGUCCUCGGUGGCAGCCACCCCAAGCACGACUGGAACGAAAUCUAACACCCCCACCUCAUCCGUCCCAUCAGCGGCUGUCACCCCACUGCACGAAAGCCUACAGCCUCUCCAGGACUAUGGAAUGACCGGUAAGACAAAGAGGUCGAGGGACAAAAGGAACAGCCAUAACAUGGAGGUCCAGGUGAACCAAGAGAUGAGGAAUGUCAGCAUAGGUAAGACCUAUAUAUUUCCCUUACAUUAAAAAAGAAGAGACAAUGUAGAAAUGUAACAAGAUUGAAUUUAGGAAUUGCAGAUUCCAUUGAGAAGACAAUGAUUUUGUGAUCUGUAGCUAACUGCGGAUCACAUUUUUUUUAAAUCUCUUUUUGUCUCAUUCCCUACCUAUGAAGCUGAAACAUCCUAGCUGCUGUGGAAUACUGGAUGAGUAGGUGGCAAAAUAAAUAGCUAAGUGUCAAGGAAGUUGUAGUCCUUCAUUAAAUACACAGCUGUAUUUCUGACCCUAUUCUCGCUUUACCCCUCCUCGCCCCUCUCCCAGGUCCGCCAUUGGUCCGCCCCCACCCAUGUCCUGCAACGAGCGGCAAAUGUUGUGCCGCGCUUUAGACCUCCCCACAGGAAAGCAUUGAAUCAAUGUUUUCCUAUGGGGAAUAACUGACACUGGGUGUCCUCAUGCAGAGUGUGAGGACGUCCAGCGUCAGAUACCGGAUCAAAGGGACACUGCACCCAGACCACUUCAAUUAGUUAAAGUGGUCUGGGUGCCUACAGUGUCCCAUUAAAUAAAAUCUCCUUGUGUCGCAAAUUGGAAAUCCAGAUACAUUCUAUAAGUUCUACAAUGAUUAAAAGUUCACAUUUUAUAAUUUUAUAGGAUUUGGUUUUCUUAUUUUCUUUAUGAUUCUAGGGAAAUGGAGUACAUGCAUAGAAAUUUUGAAUCUGUUUAUCAAAAACAUGUUUAGAAACUAAAACAAAACCUGGUGUAUAUAGUUAUAUAACUGACCUAUCCACUAUUCAUCUCUUUCAGGUGUAUUUACUGUGUAAAUACUAAAGGGUGAAAAGUAGUAAAUUUAGCGUGAAUUUAAAAUGCUAAGCUAAAAAAAGUCAAAUUAGAAAAAUCCCCAAGUCAGAUAUGCAUUAAUUUUGGCUAUAUUGGCCUAAGAUGUGAAAUUCGUGUUGAAUUCCUAAUAGUUUACACUUUAGUGAAUAACUAAGUUUCUUUUCAGACUCAUUAAGAAUUUCAACAACUUUGUUUCCAAAGUACAAAUGGUAGCAGACCUCACUUGGUGUCUCUCCCACAGGAAUGGGAAGCAGUGAUGAGUGGUCCGAUGUCCAAGAAAUUGUCGAUUCCACCCCAGAGUUAGACAUGUGUCCAGAUUCCCGAUUGGAACGCACAGGAAACAGGUGAACAAGCAAAACACACAGGAAACACUAUAGCAUUUGUCACCAAAUUAUGAUUUGAUUUUUUUGUUCUAGGUUUUUUUGGGGGGGUUUUGUGGACUAUAUGGGGAUCAAGCCUUUUCAAAGAUAACCUCAAUAACAAUGGUCUGUGUGCAGUGGACUGUAAAUGUUUUUUCUAGGUAGUUUAUCAGUCCUCAUUACUUGAUUCUACUUUGUUUCCCCCCGUAUGAUUACCCUACAUGACCUAUAAAUAUCGAUGGACUAGGAACCUGGAAAUCUCCUCUUCUUAUAGUGUCAUGGAAGGGGCCAAGGUUGGAAGAGCCAGAGACUAGGUAGAAUGGCCACAUAAACUUGAAAAGGCUUGUUAAAUAGACUGAAACUGAAUGGAACAUUGCUAUAAAAACUCUGUUACAAACUUGGUUAAUUGUGUGAGUUGAGAUGUCCAGGGCCUGGCUUUAGAACCACAGAGUAUGCCACUUAUGGAAGCAGACAAGGUCCCACCUGGCCAGAUAGUUGUUGAAGAGGACCAAAAGUAUAUUAGAAAAUCAGCCGUGAUAGGCAAAUUAUUGAAAAAUAAACAGGUUUAGCUGGGAGACCUGUAGAGGGGUCUUUGUAGAGACAAGGAGUACAUUUGUCACAUUGUUUUCUAUACUACAAUAGUGUUCUAAUAAGUGAUAUGUACUUUUUCGGACAGUCCAACUCAAGGGAUCGUGAACAAAGCUUUUGGGAUCAACACAGAUUCUUUGUAUCACGAGUUGUCCACAGCUGGGUCGGCGGUAAUCGGUGAUGUUGACGAAGGGGCAGAUCUUCUUGGUAAGCACUGUGUUUUGUUUUUUUAUAAUUCUUUAUUUUGGUAGUGCAGGUGGUAGGUUACAGGUUAUACAUGGUAUAACGAGGAAAUUCGAUCAGGAGGUGAGACCGUAGCAUACAUUCCAAGAACAUUAACAUCCUGCACCAUUUUUAUUUUAAAAGGUCACAUCCGUCUAUGCUAUUGGUAGACCACAUGGUGUGGUUAUCUGCAUUCUCUCUAUCACAAGGUUUAAUCACACCAUAGUUAAUAAGUGUACUACACCCUCUACUUCCAUCUGAGUUUCCUUAGGCACUGUUAUAUUUGAGGGUUAGGAGGUUGUUAUCAUUCCUCUGGCUGUGGUCUCCUAUGUGUGUUAUGGCUAGCUAGCUUAAGAGGUGAGGGUAAAUCCAUGACGCUUUCUAUGGGGCGAGUAGAGGGUAUGUAAUCUAGCUAUGUCAUAUCUAGAUAAAGUCGCGUGUCGACCCCUAAACUAAGGGGUUUACAAGGGGUGGUUGUUGAGUCCUGCCCGGAGUACGUAGGACUGAGUAUUAAGAAGUGCCGAACUGCUCUCGUAAUGUAGUGAGGCGUAGUAAGUGGGCCCCUGGCUACUUAAGGACGUCAAAGUGGUUAACGAAAACAACAAAGCAAAGCAUAUGAACAAAACAUAAUAAACAUCCAUGAAUAUAACUGUGGCUGACAUAUAUGUAUUAGAUAAGAUGUUAUUAUUAAUGGCAAUUGAGCCCGGAGACUCUAUCAGUGAGCAUUGUGGUUUUUAAAUGGAAAAUGUGACGCAUUGAGCGAUUAAUAAAAAGGCAUAAUGAAUGGAACAAAUAUGACAAAUGUUUAAAAUGCUUUGAAUUUGAAUACACUUCAGCCCAGCUCCAUCAUUUUGUUAUGGGCAAAUGUUUGGGUGGAGCAAAUGAGGCACAUGUCCCAGGCCAGAUGGUGUUGAGUGCAGGACAGUAAUUCUUUGCGGGAUGGUCAUAGUUUUUGCACAAAUAAAGAAAAUAUCCACAGUAUUCAUGUAAUGUUUAACCCCCAUACUUUGUUGUAGUUUGCCGACAAGUCAUAGCUCCAAACAUCAGUGGACAAUAAAAAUAGCUUGUCUGAAACCACAGAAUCAAUGUAGCCAAAAUUUCUCAAUAAACAUCCUCAGACCCAGUGUGGUUUUGCACCACAUAUGCUCAUGAGUAAGCACCCUGUCUGGUGUGAAACGCGUUAACCUUUUCAUCUAAAUUGCAGUCGUGAAUUGCCCCUGUAGGCUGUAUCACCAUUAUCUGCAUUUGGUUUGAUUGUUUUCUUUUGUAUUUUAGGCUUUUUGGAUAUAAAACAAUAAAUAUUUAUUGGCUGCAUUGAUUCAGUGGUUUCAGCAGAGCAAUGUUUUUUUUUUGGGGGGGUGGCAUCAUUUUUACCUGGCCAGCUGUGUCCUUCUGCACUGUUCUCAUUUUGCAUGUUCUGGAUUGUGAUUUAGAGAUUUUAUCCAAUAUGAUCACGUAAAAUGUGCAAUACAAGGGUCAUUUCCCUACACAAUGUAGUAAAAAAUGUGGAAAUAAUACAAUCUCACAUAUAACCUAGUAAGCCUUGACAAUUUUGCAUAUUUUGCAAUGUACCAACAAAAUAAUUUAGACAUGUUUAAUCUUUACUGUUUGAAUAAUGUUUGCUUAAUUGGUCUGAUCAAUCUCCCCAUGUAUGCAAAUAAAAUCUAGCAAAGGGCAGCCAUUUUGUUUAUCUAGCAGGCCACAACUCAGCUUUCUGGAAUUAUAUUGCCACACAUAAAAAUGUCUCACAUUGUGAUAGUAUUGUUUGGUAAAAUGCAAUUUAAAUAUAUGCAUAUAACAUAUAUAGUUAUUUUCUUCAUUCUAAAUAAUAUUAUAAGCAUAAACACACCCAUAGUAAUAUCUAAUGUAAAAUCAAAAUGGAUGCUUCUAUCUUGAUUUUAAUUUACAGACUACAUAGAUAUUUUUAGUUAACUAUGCUGUUUUUUUGAAGUCAUUUUCCUUUGAUUCAGUCAGAGCCAGAUGGUUAAAUAACUAACAAACCUGCACUGAAAACGUACUUAGUAUAGGCCAACUGAGUGUUAAUCAUGUUUCUUUGAAUGUGUCACCGGGUCUCGGGUACAAUCUAGGCCAGGGAUAUUCAACCUUCGGCACUCCAGAUGUUGUGGACUACAUCCCCCAUAAUGCUUUAGCACACACAAUGCUGGCAAAGCAUCAUGGGAGGUGUAGUCCAAAACAUCUGCCGUGCCGAAGGUUGCCUAUGCCUGAUCUAGGCUCUACUACAUCAAUGGUAAUAAUUGGUAUUCAGGUUGUUGUGUGUUAUGUCUGCCAUGAUUCUCAACCUGCAAUAUGGUUGACUGAGGGUCAUGACAAACAUAACGUGUACUUUAAGAGCAUCACAGUUCUGACCAUGACUGUAAUUGUCUUCAUUUCCUGAUAAUAAGAAUUGUCAUAACAAAGCAUUGUGGGUUUUAAAUAUGUCUUCCAACAGUGAGUCAGUAUUAUCAGUAGACUAAGAUUUCAAUGGUAGAGUGUCAAACAUUUUUCUUUUGGGCUAGUUAAAUGUAAAAUCACACAAGAUUUGUACAAAUAUUAUGCCAUUAUUACACAAUUUUUUUGUGUGAAAUAGUCAUUUUUUUGCAGAAACAAAAAUCUCAAAAACGCCCCUAUCUAUUUCACGUCAGCAGCAUGAAAAGAAUCCAUUUUAUAGCUUUCUGCUACUCUGUCUCCACCGCUCAAUAGAGAUGCUGUGCUUGGUGGCGCCACUUGUAUUAUGUGUGGUAGCACUGACCAUGUGACCUGACAGUGCUUGGCUGCCGUUCGACCAUGUUUGAUUCUGCGCUGCAGCUUGGAAAAGGUUGAUCUUAUAAUAAGAUCAUGGGAUGUAAAUAUGCAUAUCAAGUGGCAUUGACCGAAUGAUAUUUAAGGGAGUUUGUUAAAAAAUGAUGGACCUCUACAUAUACACUAAAUCCACAGGAUGGCAGUCUGUCAUUGACUAAGCCCAGACAUAUUGUUUUAUCAGGCAUUUCAAGGCAGCUUGUUGUUCUUUUUAAUUUAAUUUUAAUAACAAACAAUGACUGCAUAUCUCAGGUUUACAUCCUUCACUGAAAUGAGCAAAACUUUGUUUAUAUUGGUCAAUUUCCUAUUUGAUUUUUAAUGGCUCGUGGAUUUUAACCAUCACUUGUCAAAAUGUACAAUACCGACCAGGCAGGGUCGCUGCUAGGCAGUUUCAUAGUACUUACAUAACAAAUGCUUAAUUUAAGGGGUGCCCAAACAUUACUCUCCAGCAGUUAUUGAGCUAAUAUUCCCAUAAAUCAUUUUCUUUCGUUUGCCAGCAUUAUGGGUAUUGUAGUGGCACUACCGCUGGAGAGACAGGUUUGGGCAUCUCUACUCUUUUGUAUUAGAUAGUUCUAUAAUUUAUUUUAUGUUUCAAACCACUGACUGACCCACUCUUUCCCUCUGUUCUCCCUCUCUCCUUACACUACCCUCAUGUCACCCUCUUCAUCGACGGACGGGCCUUGUAGGAGAAUUUUCAGGUGUGUAUUUCUACUGUCUUUCCAUUGGACCUUUCCUAAUUUAGUCCUCCCCCUCUCCUAUUCUUCUGCCUGAUUCCCAAGCGAAUGGCAUUCUUCCCCCCUUCCCUCUGGUCUACAGCUGGUGCGUUUCAACUUUUUAAUCUUUUUACUCACUCUCUUUUGCUGGGAUCUGUUUAAGCAACUGUGCUAGUGCUGACGCGUUUCACUCCAGUUUGUUUUGCAUUGGCUGUGAAACUCAUACUAGGAGACUACAUUUCAUCCACUGUUGGCCAGUUUAAUGGUUUGGGGGAAGAUUAUUAUAGUUGGUGUACUGAUUUGUAAUGUAUUAUGGCCAUUUAUCUAUAAAACCUUUAAUUUAAAAAAAAAAAAAAAUGCAAAUUUUUCUAGUGGUGUAUGUAAAAAUAUAUAAAAUAUAUAGGUAAAUAUAUAAAAUGAGUGUGCUAAGCAAUCUAGAUCUGACAUUUAAUAGGACUAACAUUUUAUAUUAUAUUGUAAAACACGUAGGACUAGUAUAGCUUUAUUUUUCUUUAGGAUUACAAUCAUAUCUGAUCCUAACAUUUUUUAUUCUCUUGUUUUAACUUAUUAUUUUAAAUGUAAGAACCCUUAAACCCUUAAAUGUAUAGUCUUCACUUUCUGGUAGUACUGAUUGAAUGUCUACUGACUUCCCCUGCUGGAUAGCUGAUGUCAACCAGCAGUCAAGUUAACUGACUUGUGACAAAACUGAGUAGGAUUUAAGCACUGAAAGUUAAUAAGCCUUCUGAGUGAACACAUAGUCAAAUAGUUUUUAUAAAUAAUUUGUAAUACAAAAAAACCUUCAAAAUAAUAACAUGACCGAUCAACUUGAAAAAAGCAUGAAACGUGUUUCUGUUAUCAGACUAGAGUAGGUGGACUCCCAUAAGGACUCACACAGUGUCUUCAGCCUGUUUGGUUGGUCAGUGGUGGAACAUGCGUAAUAGAAUUCUAGACGUACGUGCACUUCAAGGGUUCCGUUGCAUGGACAUAAUAGCUAUAAUGGCUGGUAUCCAACUUUUCCUAACAGCUGCUCUUUUUUUCCUUUCCCUCUCUACUGCUUCCCUCUCUCUCCUUAUGUGGGCUGCUCUGACAGUGCGGGAUGAUUUCUUUGGUAAGGCCCGUGCCUGUGUAUCUGUAUUUCAAGCUUUCUAUAUGUUGCUUUAUAUUCUGCUUGUAAGAGAGGCUAUUCAAUCUCAUUUUCAUUGCUGCUGAGUGGGGACGUUUUAUCCCUUUUUAUAUACGAGAUGUGAAAAACCACAGAGAUUUCAGGAUAUUGAUUUAGGUAGUGAAGUGGGUGUUUUAUUUUGGCUUCUAGAUUGUUUUUCUAUAAAAUUCCAUAGUUCAAAAAUUGAGAAGUAUUAUGGUCUGUUUUGACUCACCUUGACUUGACGUCAGUGGUGCAGCAACAUAACAUUACGUCCCAACUAAAACGUAAUUUGAAGGAUCAACUCACCCAUCUCAACUUGGCAUCUCUGAGAGCUGUAUGCACAAGAAAACAUAAAAACGAUGCACCUGAAGCAAUUAAUUUAGCCCAUUGCCAAUAAAAACAAACAAACCGCAUUUACUAGAAUCAAAUAUAGACCCCAAGUACAAAAUGUCAACAUCCGUCACACAUCUCGAAGCCAAUAAAAAGCCCCUUCACAAAACAAGAUGGCCUCAUAUUGGUCUCUUGAAAUCUCUCCAGUAAUGGCAGCCACUGAAACACUAAUUUCUGGAAGAGUUUUUUGCCACUCGUGUUAACACACUGUGUGGCAGCAAGUCUGUGUUGCUGACUUUUUCUUAAUUGUGACUCUGAGUUUUCGUUAAUGUGGCAACAAUGAAUCAAUAGCAAAAAAAAUAUUGACUCUUUAAAGAAUGAUAUUAAACCAUCCAAAAUGUUGCCUCGUAAUAACAUCUUUUAUCUCUCUGGGUUUUGUUUUGCUAUUAUUGGGGUGUUGUGGCAUUAUACUCUUUUUCUGAAUUGUCACCCCCAUACCACAGUCACGCAAUUUGUUCUACCUUAGGGGUGUGUAGGCUAAUCGAUUGCUACUGAUAUACUGGCUCUAGUCUCCGUUGCAACCUUUCAACAGGAAACAACUAAUAUUUACUACACCUUUACCGUUUUUAGGAAUGGGAAAAGAGGUGGGCAAUCUCCUGUUGGAAAACUCCCAGUUACUGGAGACCAAGUAAGGGACUAUUCAAUAUACCACUGUAUUUUAAAUGAAGUUUACUUGGAUGUGUGUUUUUAAUAAGGAAGUUAUUAAUGGCAUUUAGAACUUGCUGUGACAUAUUUUUAAUGGACGUUAGAUGCUAUCCAUCCAGUACGUGAUAAUAUUCUCUUCCAUUAGAAGCCCACAAGGUUCCGUUUUCAGAACACCAAACUAUGGAACUAUAUACCUUUUGCUAUAAUUUAUGUCCAUGAUGAUUAAUAUGGCACUAUAGCCUAGACUCUGUUGACUGAGUGUCACAUACUGAAUACUGUAUGUUAGUCCUCACUGAAUAAUGUAUAUGAUAUAUUCCUCUCAAAUGUUAUUGCAUUUUACUUUUGAUAGGAAUGCUUUGAAUGUGGUUAAGAAUGAUUUAAUAGCAAAGGUGGACCAGCUCAAUGGGGAGCAUGAGGUACUAAAAGGGGAGCUGGAGGCGACCAAACAGGCCAAGUUGAAAAUUGAGACCCGCGUUAAAGAGCUGGAGGAAGAACUUAAACGGUAUGUAGUCAUCACGUUUUGGUGGUUCGUGUAUUGAAGUUUUUGUGUAGAACAAGGCUUACAGUGGCUGCUUUGGAAAACCAUUACCUUAUUUCCCUUUCUCUGAUGUUAUUCUGAUACUAUAUUCUUAUAAAACUGUAUAGAACAUACCCAGUUGGAGAAGCUUUGUGCUUCCUGUAAACAAACAGUUCCUCAUGAUGUCAUUUAGUUUGGGUGUGUAAAUGUAACUGCUACCAGGGAUCUGGUGUUUUUGAUAACUCUUCUUCUUUUAAAGGGUAAAAUCAGAAGCUAUUGUGGCCCUACAAGAACCCAAAGAGGAGGUAGAAGAGGUGAAUAUAAUCUCCCUUGCAAUUCUAUUAUGGACUUUCAUACAUCCUUCCCCUUCCAGUUUAAAUUCAAUUUUGAAUGGUUAUGGUGAUGAUAAAUUUUAAUAGAAUGGAUAUAGACAUGUGUCUGUUGAUUAAACACACUGACAGCUGAAUGGUAAUAUGUCCAUGUUGGAUGCCGAUAUUGUAGAAUGUAGUGUACAUUAUUUUUAUUAUCCUAGAGCUUCACGAAUUAUCCUAAGGAUGUAUGCUGUAUAUACUAUAAAUUUAUUCUGGGGUUUAGUGAAGAACUAGAACGUCUUGGCCUAUUCUAGGGAUGUAUAGUUUUAAUACAUGGUGAAUGGUUUGUGCGUUGCCCCGUUGUUUGAGCACUGAGUAUUUGUGUAGCUUCACUUUGAUAGUGCCAGCCCGUACACAACUCUAUCCGUCCAAAUACCACCCAAUCUUCAUGGGUAGAGGAAGUCUCCUUUUCUUCAGCCCUUAAAUGUGCCUAGAUCUUAUAAAUGGUGUAUACGUGAUCCUUUUUGCUGACAUAGGAUAAAAGGUGUGUCAUGGUGUAUGGUGGAACCACAAAUAUGGGAAUAUGGGAGCAUGGAAGAAGAGGGUUCCUGGGAAGAUUCUAAUUCUGUUUAAUAGAAUAUUUUUUCUCUUUACUCUUUCAUUUUCCCGGACCAAAGAGCUCCUCACCUCUGCAGGAUAACAUCCCCAUAGCGCAGCGCAGAAGGUUCACCCGAGUGGAGAUGGCUCGUGUUCUGAUGGAAAGAAACCAGUAUAAGGAAAGACUCAUGGAGCUACAGGAGGCUGUUCGAUGGACGGAAAUGAUCAGGUGAAAACAAAUGUGUCACUUUGCCCUUUCUCUGGCCCAUGAUCCAGGAAUGAUAAGGAUUUAUUAAAUUGACACCCAAAGCACACGCAACUGUUAUACAUUGUGUAGCUUGUGGUAAAGAAUUAAGUGUAGUGUUCUGGAAUGGUUAUGGUGCUUAGAGUGUUUCUUUAAAAGUAUGUGGUUCAUGUCAUCCCAAAAGAGUGAAAAAGAAGAUUGUUGUAAAAAUAUUUUUUAUUUUAUUGGUGUGUUUUAUUGGUGUGUCUGAACUGAAUGCGUCAGUCUGCUGCAUCUAAAAUCUGUCGCUGUAUACAAAGGAUAAAAUUAAUUUCAUAAAGCAAUAGAUCAUGACUGGUUUUAACAUGAAAUCCCAUCAGUGAUCUGUGUUUAUGGCGAUGAUAAAAUGUAUCCAAUUAGGUCUGUAAGAAAAUCCAUUAAAUUACCAAUAUAUUUAUUUAUUGGUUUCCAAUAAUCUUUUUUAUUGCAGAGCAUCCCGGGAACACCCGUCUGUCCAAGAGAAGAAGAAGUCAACCAUUUGGCAAUUGUAGGUGUUCUGAGUGUUCUGUUUAUUUUUUGUGUAUAUAUUUUUUUAAAUUCCAUUCACCUUUCUUUUCUUAAUGAUAUGGCAUUCCUGACAGUCCUGGCACUGCCCUGGCAUGACUUAUACAUUUAUUAAAUCCAUUCAGUGCAGGAUGAGUGCAUAGCACCAUCAAAGGCACUCGUACAGCAUUGCUCUGCUAAUGCUUGACCUGCUCACAUUUACGGGAAAAGGAUGGUCUAAAGAAAUGUCACUUCAUACGCUGUACAGUUCCACUUUAACACACUGUGAAUUCAUUUUACAGGUCAUCUUCUGACACCCAGAAUAAAUGUCUAGAGAACUCAUAUUUAUUUUGUCUCUGCUUUGCAGUUUCAGCAGACUGUUCAGUUCCUCAUCCAGCCCACCUCCUGCUAAGAGGUCUUACCCCUCAGUCAACAUUCACUACAAGUCUCCCACUCCUGCAGGAUUCAGCCAGCGCCGCAGUCACACAAUGUGCCAGAUCUCCUCUGGAGGCCGCACCAUCGAGUUCUUCCCCGACGAGUAAGUUCUAAAUGCAGUAGUGUGUUUCGUAAUUUACCGCUACUAACCAUUAACUACUCACAUCAUUGGGUAUUAGGUGGCAUGGUACAUGGAGACCUUUAACGUUUUAUGGAUAAGAUGUACAUUUUUGGGUAAGCCACAAAGAAAGGAAAAAAUAUCAGCAAGCAAUACUAGAAUAUCUCAUUUAAUUAUUACAUUAAAGCUUCCAUUCUAGUCUCCAUUAACCCCUUAAGGACCAAACUUCUGGAAUAAAAGGGAAUCAUGACAUGUCACACAUGUCAUGUGUCCUUAAGGGGUUAAGGAAGCCAAUGGUUGUAAUGAGCUCAAAACAUGGGGUUGUUCCGUAAAUAGUAAGUUUAGGGAAUUGACAAAAGUGCUGGAAAAUGUAGACCAAAGUAUCUGAGCAGGAAACACAUUUUCCAUCCUGGCUAGAUUGAACCAGUUUUUCCAAUUUGACUAUUUUGGUCUAAAGUUGACAUUUGUUGUCAAUUCUCUAGAGCUCUCUGUUUAGUGAAUGAAUAUCAUUCUGCGUAAAAUACGUUUUUGGUGUUACUUCUAAUGGUGACAAAAGUGACAUUAUGUUUAUCAAAGAAAACACCUUCACAUAUGCCUGAGCAAUUCUAAAGGCUGAUUGGACGAUGCUUUGAUUUUUAUUUCCUCCUGCACUCGGUCCCCUCCGCUUGCCGCUCACUUACCGCCACUAAUCCUUGCUGCUUUGCUUUUGGCUCUCUCCCUUGACGCUCUGCACCCUCUCUCUCUUUUCUUCUCUCCACAUAGAUUGAGAAGUAACACUGUGGCUUCUCUCCUCAGUGACUGUACGUCUACUGCUCGACGGGAACAAAAACGUGAGCAGUACCGCCAAGUGCGGGAGCAUGUGCGCAAUGAUGAUGGGCGCCUCCAAGCCUGUGGCUGGAGCCUCCCUGCUAAAUACAAGCAGGUUAGUGAUAAAAUCCUACACGGGUUUUGUUGCCCACGAUUCUUCUUCAAAGCGUUAUUUUUCAAAAAGUAAAAAACAGCCAUCAGGCAUUGUUAAUGCCAACAGCCUUUGGACGUUUGCGGCUAAAAAAAAUACAAACAGGUUUCCGUGGUCAGCACUUCCAUUUAAUGGCUGCACACCACUUAUGUCCACGUUCACUAAUAGUGACCACCACUUAGAUGGACAUCUGUGGGGAUAAAGGCACAUUUUUUAAUUCAUUGUCAUGGACAAUAGUGCUGCCUACAGAUGUAUUAAUAGAUUUCUUCUUUAACCUGAAAAUUUUGGAGAAUGGAUAAGAGAAUUGCAGAUUUUAGACCAAUACAGCCAAAGUGGUAAAAAAAUGAGUUUGUGAGUGUUUCCAUUUCACUAAUUUGGACCUAAAACCUGCAAUUCUUUGUCAGCUCUCCACCACUCGUCAUUUAAUGAAUAAACCUUAAAUAGUUCAUUAAUCAUUGUAUUAUAUAACAAUUUCAUGAGCAGUGGUAUAGCCACACGGAUCACCCAGCAGUAUUCAAGGUUAGCAAUUGCUGUAAAUUAAUUUUCUGAAAGAGAAAAACAACAGUGUUGUCCAGGAGUAGGCUUCUCUAGAUGUUAUGGACCACAUCUACCAUGAUGCUUUGCCAACAUUAUUAUUGGAGAUGUAGACCACAACAUCUGGAGUGAUGAAGGUUGGCUAACCCUGGUGUAUUCUUUCCGAUAUCUCAGUGUCCUAUACACGUGUUACAUUAGCCAUUGUACAGGUUGUCUAUGAACCCCAUUCUGCACUUUAUCCUAAAACUGAUCAUUCUGAUGGCCUCAGAGAGAAUGAUGAGUUUUCCAGUUGCAAUCCUUUCCAAACAUCGUACUACAAGCAGGAAUACCAGUUCAUUGGAUAUUUUUGUGACUAUUUCACAGAGAAGACUUUACCAACCUCAUACCAGUAAAUUUUCAAUUUCCUUAACUAUGGCAGCUAAGUCCAAAUGGAGGUCAAGAGGACAACCGUAUGAAGAACGUGCCCGUCCCGGUAUAUUGCAGGCCCUUGGUAGAGAAGGAUCCCACCAUGAAGGUAAUAGUACAAAAAACAAUAUUUCUUUACUGUAUGCUUAAUAAUAACCUAAGUCCAUGAGAAAAUGUAAAAUGUCUGGUCUAUGCAACCCCCCAUGAUCUCAAACUUUAAUGGCCAUCCAAACAUGAGCAGAUAAUGAGGAAGUGAAUUUAGUGAACAUAGCAGCAGCAAUGGUGAUGCGGUUAGUGUACUGGGGGAACUUUGAUUUUGGUCAAACUAUUUGAAAAUGGUUUGACAGAAACAGGAAGGAUGACAUCCAAAACUCCUUGCACAAUGAUCACUGCAAUACCCUUUAGUAGUUAUGGUACCAAUUUAAAUAAGAAGGCCUUGUUUUAUUAUCAUUCAUUAACUGUUCACAAUAUUCAGGAGCUUCAUUUUUGCCUCCGGCAACAUUUUGUAUUUUAGAACUGUACAGUAAUUAGUUGGUGGCCGCCAAACCAUUGCCUCUGAGUAAUAUUACCACACGUCAACCACAUCAUAGAUCUUAAAAAUUCCAUGUAACCAUUUCAAACUGUUAAUAGGCCUGUGUUGUGCUGCUAAUGGUGGUGAAAGGUGGAUCUCUAAGCAUGUAAUUCAUUCUUUUUGCUGAAGUUGUAGUGCUUACUGUGAUCUUUCUCCCAGCUGUGGUGUGCUGCUGGAGUAGACUUGACAGGCUGGAAGCCAUCUGAGGAAGAAUGCUUGAACGGAACCAAACCAAUAUCAGGACGCGAUCCUUUGACUUGCGAUCGAGAAGUGGAAGGGGAAAGCAAGAGCACGCACGCAUCCCCAGAGAAGAAAAAGGUGGGUGUAAAGUGUUAUUUUAAUUGGGAAUAAGACUCAUGAACUCAUGCCUAUCCUAGAUAUGAGUAUUGGAAGCAGAAUGCUGAUGAUUUCCUAAGGUACAAAGGAAUGGUGAAAGGGCAGAUCUAAAUGGGAUGGCAAGUUUUACAACCACAAUUCCCAAGGCUUGUAGACAAUGGCAUGAGUGUAUGGAAGGUGCCAUUACGUACAUUUUUAUUGAAUCAGGAUCUAUGAUUUAGUGUCACCAAAGGUGCGGGUUAUAGGAUGUGUGGGGAGCUGGAGGAGGUAGUGUGGGUUAUAGGAGGUGUGGGGAGCUGGAGCAGGUGGUGUGGGUUAUAGGAGGUGUGGGAGCUGGAGCAGGUAGUGUGGGUUAUAGGAGGUGUGGGGAGCUGGAGCAGGUAGUGUGGGUUAUAGGAGGUGUGGGAGCUGGAGCAGGUAGUGUGGGUUAUAGGAGGUGUGGGAGCUGGAGCAGGUAGUGUGGGUUAUAGGAGGUGUGGGGAGCUGGAGCAGGUAGUGUGGGUUAUAGGAGGUGUGGGAGCUGGAGCAGGUAGUGUGGGUUAUAGGAGGUGUGGGAGCUGGAGCAGGUAGUGUGGGUUAUAGGAGGUGUGGGGAGCUGGAGCAGGUAGUGUGGGUUAUAGGAGGUGUGGGAGCUGGAGCAGGUAGUGUGGGUUAUAGGAGGUGUGGGAGCUGGAGCAGGUAGUGUGGGUUAUAGGAGGUGUGGGGAGCUGGAGCAGGUAGUGUGGGUUAUAGGAGGUGUGGGGAGCUGGAGCACUGAGUACAAAUGGACAUGUCUUCACUGUCAGUCUAAUACAUCUCAUUGCAGAGUAAAGAGUUGCAUGAAUUUGAUGCCACUUCCAGCCGUGUGUGGAUCCUCACCAGCACCCUGUCUACCAGCAAGGUGGUGAUCAUCGAUGCCAACCAGCCUGGCACCUUGGUGGACCAGUUUACUGUCUGCAACGCACAUGUCCUGUGCAUCUCCAGUAUUCCUGGUAUGUGGAUAGCCACAAAUAUAUCCUCUUCAUGACCACAUUUCCAAUAUACACUAUGUUAUUUACUAAAGUCAGCAUUGUCAGGAAUUCUCAGUGAAUUUCACAUCGUACGAUAAAACAGCUGAACAGGAAUCCUAGCAGAGUUUCCCAAACAAGAAUUUUUUCCAAUGUGUCUCUUUUAGUUUAAAAUCUGAGAUUUUUUACUAAUUCACACUUGUAAAAAGGAAACAGGUGCUGCACAGCUUCCGACCCUCCUCUUCUCCCCUUAGAUUCUGGGGCUUAUAGAAAAUUUGCUGUGAUGUGCCGCAAUACUAUCAAAGUGUGCUCCAACAAACACUGUCUUUUUGGGGUCUGUGGUACCUCGCUAUAAAGAUGUUUGGGUCUUUGCUUCACAUUGUUAAUUGAAUAUGUUUUCUUCUUCAUAAUUCCUCUUUAAGUAGAUUACGUGAUAUGAUUAUAAUCGCCUCAACUGUAACAUGCGCAGAACAAUCCAGUAUUUGGUACGUCUGGUACAGUUUAGGCCUUGUUACCCACAUGCCAUUGAUGUACUGAGUCUUAUCUGGAGCUCUAAGAGCUUCAUGGGUUGUUUACUAGACGGUAUUGUGGUUUCAGAAGCCUAAAAAAAAGCUAAUUCUGGGUUGUAAAAAGUAAACGUUGUUGGAGCAGACAUACACUAAUCCAGUUAGAUUCACCCUUUCAUACAAGCUGGGGUCUGAUUGGCUCUCUCACACUAUUUUAAAAAUUAAAUUAUACAUAAUUUACUGCUCUAUUUGAAUCCACUAUUAACCAAGGGAGGCAAAUCUUUAAAAAAAUAAAAUAAACUGAUUUAUAUUAUUUGCAAUAUAUUGUAUUAUUAAAAGCCGAACCUGUCUCGGAUCAGUGUUGUUUUUCUCAGCAUCAUUAAUGUGGGAUUUAUAUUAUUACAGCUGCCAGCGAUGGUGAUUAUCCACCUGGUGAGAUAUUCCUGGAGGGGGAUGUGAAUCCAGAAGACACUGGGGAUACGGAUGGAGUUUUAGCAGGAAUUACCCUCGUGGGAUGUGCCACAAGAUGCAAUGUACCACGGAGCAAUUGCUCAUCCCGAGGAGAUACACCUAUUCUGGACAAGGGGCAAGGCAAGUAGUCAAAGAGACACUGAAAGAACUAUAACCUCCAUCACCCAUAAGAUGCCUUAUAGGUUAGCCUGUAGAGUCAUAGCACCAUAACCACUACAAAUAGCUGCAUUAUGGUGGAGCGCCCCUAUACAGGAGCUCUGCCACCUGUUAUGAACUUUGUACAACUGCAUUACACAAAUUAAAUCUCAUUUUGUUAAAAUGUUUUCUGUACACAUUGGAUAUUUCAAGGUCACAUGUUAUCACAAAUGAUUAAUAAAACUGUACAACUAAACAAUAAAAAGAUACAGACGCGUUUUACCCAGCCAGGUUUUAAUCUGCGCAUAGGCCUUAUCAGCUCGCAAAUUCCUCCCAUCCUGCCUCAGGCAUUGCUGGGAAGGUUAGCACAAUCCUGUGUGGCCUCGUCAGCUUUCUCAAGAUUGUGUUUGUGUUACAGUGUGCAGCUGUGCUAAGUUGUGACCAUGCUUGCACACUGGAUGUUCAACAGAUGAUGUCUCACACUAUCUGCACUCUUCAUCAGAUGAUUUAUCACUCCGUCAGCAUCAUGAGCAAGGCAGAUAUCAGUUCUGCCAGCACUAGUGUGGAUAAUAAGUAGAAGCAGAGAAAAAUAGACAGGCACAGUUGUAUUAAAAAAGUGCAGUGGAAAAAUGGCAAACCCACAGUAAAAACACCAAUAUGUGAAAGAAAUUGCUCAGUGGGUAAAACUCCAACUAUAGUAUCUGAGAGUCACACAUUUAGUUCCAAGUUGGGUCAACUUUGAAUUUUAUCCUUCCAAGGUCAAUUAGACGUGCAUUACUAAGUUGGGUAAUAAUAGCAUCUAAUAAUAGCAUCUAUUGUUAAAACCAGGAGAAGUUUCUACAGUCAGCAACGGUAAACUGAACCACCACCAGUCUGCAGAGGAAGCCACAGAAGCACUCGAGGUUCCAGAAUCUUCAGCCAAUGAAGCAGAGCCUGCCCAGGUGCGGCCUGGACUCCUGACCGAACAUGUCUUCACAGACCCAGCUCCUGUGGCCAAUGGCCGUCUAUGCAGGUACGAGGAUAUGCAGGACUUUAAACUUGUCUUAUAGAAUCACCAACAAGCUAAGAUUAGUUUUAAUAAUCAGAACACGUUAAUAGUGCAAAUCCUGUAUAUGUUGAAAAGCAUGUCUUUUAUGUUACAUUGCAAUAUAUUGUAGUAUGAUACAAAUGUUAUGUUCAGAAGACUGUCAAUCUUUCUAAAUUGUCACAAUGAUCCUGUUCUGAAUAAAGAGAUGGUAAAAAAACAUACAAAUGAUGAUGUUGUAGGAGGAGGUGCAUAGCCAGCAGUUGGUGUGCAGAUAUUAAUACGUUCUAUCUGUUAUUCCAGUGAAAAUGGCCUUUUGAAAGCAGAGGUGACAACAACGCAACAAGAAAGUGAGCAAAACACAGAGAACGUCUCAGGAACCAGUGCUGCUCCCACAAUGUGGCUAGGAGCCCAGAACGGCUGGUAUGAUCUAUGUCUCACCACUAAGUGCCUGUACAUUUUAACCUUUGAACUGGAAACACAGGACCUGUCUAUAAAUAUGUCAAUGUCGCCAUGACAGUCCCAAGUAUCAGCAACAUGAGAUCACUUGAUAUUAAUACAUGGUUUUCGUUACAGGCUGUACGUACACUCUGCGGUUUCCAACUGGAAAAAGUGUCUGCAUUCCAUUAAACUAAAAGAUUCCGUGCUAAGUCUUGUGUACGUAUCAAAUCGGAACGUUUUUUCUUUAUAUUAGUGGCCCAUAUACAGCCAUACAUCCAGCCAUGACAUGUUUUGUGAUGGGGAACUGGCAUAAAAAUACGUAUGACAAAGAGGUGAUCCCAGAAUGGAUUAUUUAAAGUAAAAAUCUAAGAGUCUGUAAAAAAAAAAAAAAAGAGCAGACAAACUGGAAAGGAAAUAUAAGAAAAAUCUAAUUUUACUUCUUUAAAAUAGUACUAAAUGCAUACUGUCUAUUUACUUUUUGGUUCCCUGAUCCACGUUGCUUUUCUGAAAAUAUUUCACUUCUAUGUAUCAUUAAGUGUUGUAAGAAGGGUGCUUCUCGACAGUACAUUGAAUUUGCAUGCUGCAGGGAGGGAAUCAAUCCAUUAAUAAAGGAAAGAUCCUUAAAGAGCUUUGUUGAUUAGUUAUCUCAAUGCUGCAUUGGGGAGGGAAGCUCUGAGGCACCCAGACAAUCGCACCUUAAAUUACCAGAGAGCCAAAUAUAUGUCUUCACAUAGAUAUCAUAGUAUGUAACGGUUACGAUACGUGUGCCGGAUGUAUCUUGUGCCGGUAUCAUGUGGCAGAUUUGUAAAGCUGCCCUAUCUAAUGAUGUCUUGACUCUUUGACUCUUAGACAUGUAAAAGGACGGGUUCUCGUGGCUCUUGCGGAUGGAACCCUUGCUAUAUUCCAUCGGGGAGAAGGUAAUUGUGUUUCAUUUUGUAACAGUCCUCCUGUUGUAUAAAUGCUCAGCUAGUAGGGAUACAGAAUAUAACAGCUGGUUUGAUAGUUCAGUCACUAAGUUUUACAGCGUUAAAUGAGCAUUAUAAUAAAAGGGGCACGUUGGCUAAAGUUCUAUAAGUAGAACAGUCACCUUGGAAACCAGUAGAACCUUCGUAUUGAAGUGAAGUAGUCACCUUAGAAACCAGUAGAAUGUUCCUAUUGAUGGCAAUAACAAUGUUUUAUAAGUAAAGCAGUAACAGAAUGUUUAUAUUAAUGUUCUAUAAAUAGAGCAAUCGCCUUGGAAACGAAUAGAAUGUUCAUAUUGCUGUUCUACAAAUAGAGCAAUCACCUUGGAAACGUGUAGAAUGUUCAUAUUGAUGUUCUACAAAUAGAGCAAUCACCUUGGAAACGUGUAGAAUGUUCAUAUUGAUGUUCUACAAAUAGAGCAAUCACCUUGGAAACGUGUAGAAUGUUCAUAUUGAUGUUCUACAAAUAGAGCAAUCACCUUGGAAACCUAUAGAAUGUUGCUGCUGAUAGCAAUAUUCUAUAAGUAGCAAAGGCACCUAGGAAUCCAGUAGAAUGGUCCUGAUAUCAUUGGAUUCCAUGGUGAUUUCCCCAAUUCUAGAACUAAUACUAUAUAUAUCGGAACUUCUUUUAUGUAAGUAAGAUUCUUAUAAAUUCUGUCCCUUUGUAUCUUUAGUAACAAGAACAAUAAACCUAAAUUGAUUAACAAAGAUGUAUGUGUCACCAAGCAGCUGAUAAGACUUAAUUUCACUAACAUUCCCUCUUGGUUUCCUUUCUUUUAGACCGACAGUGGGAUCUCAGUAACUACCAUCUGAUGGAUCUAGGACACACGCACCACUCCAUCCGUUGCAUGGCUGUAGUGUAUGAUCGAGUCUGGUGUGGGUACAAGAACAAAAUACAUGUGAUUCAGCCCAAAACCAUGCAAAUAGAGGUACGUCACCCAACCUAUUUAAACCGAGGUGGGAAAUCCAAUGAACUCCCGAUUGAGCCAAAAUGUGGAAAGAGGUUCUGUGGUUUUCCUUCCCCUCUCUUAGUUGGUGAUAUCGUGCAAUAUGUUCCUUCCAUAUUGUUAAAGAAUGUUCUUACAUCCAUGUUUUGUGGUGAAAUCGUAUUACUAACAGCAUUAACUAAAGUCAAAAUCAUCUGUCUGGAACCUACCUAACCAAGCUGUAGGUACACAACCUUUGGAAUUUGUGUCUAAGUUAACGUGGAGUUAUUUGAUAUCAUUGGUUGUCUUUGGCUUUUACUGAGAUUUCAGAAACCAUUUUUAAGUCUUUGUCCUUCUCUGCAGAAAUCAUUCGAUGCUCAUCCUCGCAGAGAGAGCCAGGUACGGCAGCUGGCAUGGAUCGGAGAUGGUGUAUGGGUAUCCAUACGGCUUGACUCAACGUUACGGCUGUACCACGCACACACUCACCAGCACCUUCAGGAUGUAGAUAUUGAACCUUAUGUUAGCAAAAUGUUAGGUGCGUGCUUUUAAAUAUUUGCCGCUAUACUGUAUGUAUUUAUGUAUAAUGUCACAAAAUUAGAUGCCAAACAUUCUACUUCUUCCCUUAAAUUGAACGCCAUAUUUGUAGUUUUUAUCUUUAUGGUAAAUACAUUGAUGUCAAUUUUAAAAACAAAGAGGGCCAUACACUAAACCAGGACUAGCUGGAAACAAAGAAUUUAACAUUUUAUGGCAAAAUAGCUGGUCACAACAGCCUGCGGAUGUCACCUCAAUGACGCUAUCAGUGCAGUAGUUACACCUCUGGCAACAGGUGGGGUUAAACUCCAUAUGUGCAGCAUUCAAUGCGAAAUGCUGCUCAUACCGACUUCAGCCACCAUGACCACUUCAAACAAAUGAAGUAACCCUUUAACCACUUAAGGACCAAACUUCUGGAAUAAAAGGGAAUCAUGACAUGUCAUGUGUCCUUAAGGGGUUAAAUAAACAUGUGAUUUUUGCUUGGCAGAUAACUUUAAUGCUUUUUAAUGAUUUCCAUUAAAGACAAUCUGUCCUAUGUCUUGAGCUUAACAUAUUCCCUCAGUAUAAAGGUUGUGGUGUAUCCCCGCAGAGCCAGUAGCGCUAGCUAACAAUGUGAUGUUUUCCAGGCACGGGCAAGCUGGGUUUCUCAUUUGUCCGUAUUACGGCACUUCUGAUUGCUGGCAAUCGUCUCUGGGUGGGCACUGGCAAUGGAGUCGUCAUCUCGAUCCCACUUACAGAAAGUAAGUAGUGGAGAUACGUCAUGUUCAUGGAUCUUCUAAAUGUUUUGAUUAAUCUCUUUCUGUUAGGCUUUAAAACCUGCACUUCAUCUAAUGAGUCAACGUUGGAAGGUGUCUGUUCUGCAAAUUAUGGAGUGUGUUUGAUUUCAGUAGCUUUAUCAAUAUUUCCAUUUUUUUUCUUGUCACAGUUGUAAACAGAAUACUCGAGUUAUGUGUAUAAUGUAUGGUCAUUUACAUUUGUUAAAUUCUGUAUGAGGAUUUAGAAUUUUAUUAAGCGAGUUAAAGUGAAAUCCCAAAUUUCAAAAAUUAUUUCCUGAAAAUCCUUGCAAUAAUUUAUUCUUCUUUUGUGUUCUCCAUGCUUAUCCUACCGUCCCUGGCUGUUCCCUCUCUUCCUCCUUUCCCUUUGACUUUCCCCACCCCUUCCACCUCUGCUAGCGGUAGUCCUACACCGGGGCCAGCUGCUGGGCCUGAGGGGUAAGUCUGGGACCUUUUAUCUUUCCAUAAGUCUCACCUCAUCCCAUCCUUCCAUACGACCUUUUUCUAUGCUCAUAAUUCAUAAUUAAUAAAAGAGAACACUUGUAUAUAGUUAUAUAGUUUACUUCUAUUAUAUCGAUGGAUUCACUCCAGGUUUCCUUAAAACAACUACCUUUUAGAAGCUCUGCCAAACACGUUAAAAGUCAUACAAUAGCAUAUACGUGACUACCAGGAAUCCUACACCAUGCAGAGCAUCAACCACAUUUGACCCUGUACAAAUAAAUGUAACGCAAGAAAUGUUUAAAGGGACACUCUAAAUAUCAAAAACAACUUUAACUUAAUAAAGCCAUUUUGGUGUAGAGAUCAUUCCCCAGCAGUCUCACUUCUUAAUUCUCUGAAAUUUAGGACUUAAAUCAUUUUUGUUACUGUUUAUGCAGCCCGAACCACACCUUUCCUGUCUGUCACUCUCACAGCUUCCAUGAAAAAAUUGUUUCAUUUUAAAUCAGAUGUGACAGCACAGUGUGUUAACUUUAGACAUUCUUAUAUCCUGCCCUGUUAAUUUAACUUUAAUAACACACGCAGACAAUUAGCAGAGUAGUACGAAAUUCUAAAUUAAACAGACUGUGCAAUAAAAGAAGUUUAAACAUUUGAUCUCUCUUUGCAGUCAGUGUGUAGGGAGACUGUGUAGGUCACAUGCAGGGAACGUGUGACUAGCUGUGCAUAAAAAAAAAGGGGGCAGAGAAUUGAGCGAGUAGGACGGCCUGGUUUAGGAACCAGGUCUAUACACCUAAACCACUUCAUUAAGCUAAAGUUGUCUUUUUUUGUUUAGAGUGUCCCUUUAAGCAGACUUGAAUUCUGGUUUCUAGCCUGUUUUUUUAAUUACAUUAAAACCUUGAUAUGUCUGUUACAAAGAUGAUCUGCAUUUCUUAUUAAGGUCACGUCUUUUCCCAGUGCUUCACUAAUGCAUCAGACAACCAUUUAAGUUGUGUUUUGGCCGUUUCUUUAACAUACAAACUCAUCUUAAAGGAAAGAGACUAGAUACUGUUCAGGUAUGGGAGAAUAAAACUACCCUUUCCAUAAAGUUCCUACUCUCGAACUUAGAAAUGGACUUUGAGAUUUGCAACACACGUGGUUCCUAAAACUUUGUACCUUCCAUUCUGUGUGUUGAUAUAAUCCCCGUACUUAUGAAUUAUGAAUUCGUGGAUUGCAUGUACAGCCUUCAUGGAAUGUUCUAAUCCUGAAUUUGAUUUACCAGUAAGUGUGUAUAGAUGUUCCACAGUCAUAGAAUUGUACAAUGAUAGCUAACAUUCCGCUUUCCAGCCUUUGUAGUCUUUGUUCGCUGGCUGGACAUAAUAAAAAGCCGUGUCCAUAUUACUGUAGCAUUAAAUAUUAAUACUUCCAAAGCAGUUUGUUGUUAGCCAAUUGAGAAGUCAGCAGUUUUCUAUAAAACAUAUCCCAGCUCAUUCAUUAAUGAUUGCAUUUACUAUUCACAAAUUUUAGCUAGUGGAACAUGUAACCAAGAUGUACGACAAAGCAGCCAUUAAUCGGUUUAUGAGAUUAAGUAUUUUUGUGUAACUGUGUUAAUAUAGCAUAUUUAAUUCUGUAUCUGGGGGUUUAUCCACUAAAUACUGAAUUGAAAAACCAGUUAUUUUUUUGGGAAAAUAGCCAAGCUGUCACUAUAUUGGAGUUGGAUUUGUUUCCCACCCAAAAGAACCCAAAUCCAUACCGUGGAUAUACAUAUAUGUUUUUUACCGCGCCACAUUUACGUAACAUUAUCUCCGGCAAGGCAAUAUUUUUCCUUUGGUGAGUUCCUAUUGGUUAAAUGUGGGUUGUCAACUCUGUCACAAACCCUGAGGGCCGAUCUAGUCUCUUUUCUUUUAAAAUCAUAGUCAUGCAGUGGUGAUGGGUUUUGGUAUAGUUUUUAUCAUACAUGACCUGUGAAAUUGUUCUGAUUAGAUGUUUAGACAAACAGUUUAUAUAUACUUUCCACCAGGGUAAGACAUGCAUUGAGAACAGCAGGAGAUCUGCAGAUUACUUCUAACAUUCCAUUUCAGUGGUUUUCAGCCUGUUCUCAAGGCCCCUUAGUAUCAGAGUUGUGAAAUACCGAAAUUCUGAACUAUUGGUUCAAAACGGAGAACUGUGUCAGGAACCGCUGAUGUAUGGUGUCAUGAACGCGCAUGCAUCCGUGCAUACAGUACCAUUUUUCUAGAGACAGCUCUAACGAUGGAGUGAAGUUGUGUGCUUGAUAACACUGAGUCUGUCCUGUUAUUGUUUUGCACAUUUGUGUAACAGUAGCCGACCAUAAAUUGAGCAGAGGUUGGGAAUGCCUUUGAUGGAUCAAAUAUCAUCUUAAUGUCCAAGUCACUUAAUGUGGGCAAAAGUCUGGAUCAGACUGCCAAAAGUGAGCAAGAUAUAUAGAAUUUUAGCAAAUUAGUCGAAUAACGAAAUCCAAAAUGACCCUCUGCCUAAACUGAAAUGUUCUGGGGAGCAAUGUGUCAAGUCUACGAAAACACCUGAAGAUUGAAGCAUUGCUAGAUUUAAUCUAAAGGGGAUUUCUGUAAAGAGAAACCAGUCUAAAACCACUGAUUUCGAGCUAUAAUUUAAGAUUACUCUGAAGUUCAUCCAGAUAGCGAUGUUUACUGAAUAAACAUUGGGAUACUUCUGUGAAACUAAUCCCAUGUCCAUAUCUCCAGCCAACAAAACGUCUCCCACGUCUGGGGAAGGUUCGAGACCAGGAGGUGUCAUUCACGUGUAUAGUGACGACAACAGCGAUAAAUCUGCCGGUAGUUUCAUUCCUUACUGCUCGAUGGCACAGGCCCAGCUGUGUUUCCAUGGACACCGCGAUGCCGUCAAGUUCUUUGUAUCUGUACCAGGUAAUUGUGCAAAAUGUGGACCUAUCCAGUCUGGGUGGGUUCUCCUAUGACAAGCUGUAGCCAGCGAUACUAUGUUAUGUUUCUGAUUCAAAGUGGAUUUUUUUAUCCAUUCUGUCUUCAAACUGGUUAGUUUCUUUCAAUCUCAGGAAAUGUUCUUGCAACAUUGAAUGGCAGCGUUCUAGACAGCCCAUCUGAAAACCCAGGUACCCCAUCUGCAGAAACCGAAGUACAACAACAACUCAAGAAUGUCCUGGUAUUAAGUGGAGGAGAGGGAUAUAUUGAUUUCCGCAUUGGUAAGUGCACACUCUUUGAGGGAAAUACUUUUGUUUUGGGAUGAGGACUGAUUUUAGGUAUAAUGGAGAAUGUUCUUUCCUUUUCUUAGGUGAUGGAGAAGAUGACGAAACAGAAGAACAUCCAACUGAUGAUGGGAACCAAACCAAACCCAUGCUCUCUAAAGCAGAAAGAAGCCACAUUAUUGUAUGGCAGGUGUCGUACGUUCCAGAAUGAGACCAGCCUUCCUCUUAUUCCUCGACCCAGAAUGCCAUAACGCCUCCUGCAUCCCUCCUUCUGCUGGAAAAACCAAACUCAGACUUUGACCCUAAUCGGUGGAGGUUCAUGGCUCACACUGAUCAAAUUUCUCCCUGUUACAGUCUGCCUUUAUUGCAUCUCCCUAAGCUUUGAAGCUUGGUAAACCCACAAGAAUGAGAAGAUCCAGAGAAUCUGUUACAUUAAGACGACUCUUGUGAUUGUCUGUGUCAGAGGACCCACCAAAACUUGAGCAAUCUAACACCUUCAGUGCAAUUGGAUGUGACAAUCUGAAAGGUUUUGGAAAGUUAUAUUGGUGUAAUCUUUGCUUCCUUUCACAAAAGUAUACCAUACAGUGGUCAAUGGUGGACCCCUCUGUUUUGCCAUCGGCCUUAGCCUUCGGUUCAUUGGAAGGAGUUAUGAUGUUUUGAAGGAUAUAAUGUUAUCUUACCUUGCCUUAUUUAACAAUAAUCGGUAAGGCUUAUCCUUUGAACAUACCAAGUCAGCAUCAACCAUAAAGCAAUUGCCAUUUUCCCUUGAGUUAUAAUGAUAAAAAAAAGUUUAAAGUAAAAUUUACUCCUAUGUCGGGGAACCAGAUAACAUCUUCUACAGGGGAUACUUGUGUUAAAUAUACUUUGUGGGUCUGCUUUGUAAAUCAUUGCUGACCUGCAAGAUGUUUACUUGUGCUCCCACUUAAAGUGAGAAUACUUAUAAGGAAUAUCUGAUCACAUCAUAACUAGUUGCAUGAUAUUAAGACUUUAACCGAUCUAUGUCCUGGUACCCCAAUGGGGAAAAAUACUGCUGGUUCCCUUUGAACCCUUGACAAAAAAAUAAAAAUAAUUAAAUUGCUGAUUGUGAAAGUUGGUAAAAAAAAAAAAGUCAAAAAAUAUGAAUUGCCAAAAGCAGUUGGCAGAACGUGUGGAUCUUGAUUGUUAAUACACACCUGUUUGCCCAUCACUGCACCCUAAAAGCAGAACGUUAGGCAAGGGCAAUGUGUGCCUUAUAGAUGAGCUUGGUUUUGCCCAGGGGGGGCCAUUAUUGGUGGCUUGAGAGAGCCCCACAAACAUGGCUGCACUGUGAUUAAAAAAACAAAACAAAAACUCAACCGUAUAUUAUAUAGGUCAUAAUUAAGUUCUGCCACAGAUCAACAUUUACAAAACGACAAUUAUUGCAGAGGCACCUUAGCCUUAAGAGAUUAACGCACCAAUCCUGUAAGAAAUACAAUUAAUUUGCACCUGUCUUAUAGCAAUCAUUAUCGCCCCAGUUUAUCAAUUUUCAAUAUCCCAUCUAAACGGGAUACAGUGAAAUAAUAUUUGCCAUAUUCUGACAGUAUUGCCAAUUUUUUAAUUAGCAUAUUUGCUUUGUCUAGGACAGGAUUUCAUAUCCCAAAUUGUAUUGCUCUACUGUAUACAGCCAAUGUAAUAUCCUGUAAUUAUCUUUGUUGACUGGUGGGCCUGCUGUGCACUAAAUAGAUUGCUGGCUUUUAGCAGGGAAAGGGUUAAUAAUGGCUCACUGCGGAAACCAAGACACCUUUCUGACAUUUUUAUUAAUAUGAUAAAUACAAACGAGAUUUUUUUGUUCUACGCAUGAGCUUUCCAAGCUGAUUAAGCUAUAAGAAACAUUUUAAAAUGUACCAACUAUGGAUGCGUGAAAAAUUCUAUGCAUUAACACCAUUUUCGGUAAGAAAAAUCUACAUUAUAAGCUCGUCGACGCAUUUAAUUCUAAUUGUACUAAUACCAGGGGUAAUGCUGCUGGGAAAGACUCAAUCUAAUCUAGAAGCGCUAUUUUUUUCCUAGAUUAUUUUAUUGCAUGAAAUCCCCUUAACCCCUGCACUGCCAGAGCAGCCUAUGGCUCAGUUUGCUGCGGGACCCUGGGAGAUCAGGGGUUAAUACAAAAGCACAUUCUUUGCAGCCAUCAAGGUGUAAUCUGCUUGGUUUAAGAUCAUCCAACCUAGAGCAGUGUAAAGGUUCCCUGUAUGUGUCACAAGGGGUGUACCCAACGUGUCUCUUUAACGCCUGUAAACUCCGCAGUGUGUGUCGUUUGUCUUCUGGUCUUAAUGGUGGCAUUAUGUAAAAACAGCUGUGUGAAUAAAAACCUCUGCUUUCUCUCUCCCCCUUGUGACAUGAACAAUAUGUAAUUGUUAUGUAUGUAAUAAAUGUAUUACAAAUG